GGCUCCACCCUGCGCAUCAGCAGUUGCAGCAAGUCCUCCCGUCCUCUCCCAACAUGGCGCCGCUAACCUGCUGAGCUGCCCCAGCUCCCGGCCCCGCAGCCCCCUCCUCCUUCACCGAGACAUGCUCGCAGCGCCCGCCGGACAGCCCUAGCCAGCCAGCUGAGCUCCGGAGCCGCACACAGACAGCAGUUCGGGCCCAGCCCCGGAGCCCUCACAGCACAGCCGGAGCAGGAGGCCUUAGCAGCCGCCGCCGCCGCCAUGGCUCACUCCCCGGUAGCUGUCCAAGUCCCUGGGAUGCAGGUGAGCGGCCAGGGCCAGGCUGGGGGAGGGAGGGAGGGAGGGAGGAGGUAUCACGGCCUCCUGUCAUAUGUUAAUACAUUGAUAAACCCCCUGAGUCAGGGCAAUCCGAGUCUGCUGGACCCCCUCUGAUAAUAUCCAGGGUUUAAUGACUGUCUCUGGAACCCCCUCUGAUAAUAUCCAGGGUUUAAUGACUGUCUCUGGGACCCCCUCUGAUAAUAUUCAGGGUUUAAUGACUGUCUCUGGGACCCCCUCUGAUAAUAUUCAGGGUUUAAUGACUGUCUCUGGGACCCCCUCUGAUAAUAUCCAGGGUUUAAUGACUGUCUCUGGGACCCCCUCUGAUAAUAUCCAGGGUUUAAUGACUGUCUCUGGAACCCCCUCUGAUAAUAUCCAGGGUUUAAUGACUGUCUCUGGGACCCCCUCUGAUAAUAUCCAGGGUUUAAUGACUGUCUCUGGACCCCCUCUGAUAAUAUCCAGGGUUUAAUGACUGUCUCUGGAACCCCCUCUGAUAAUAUCCAGGGUUUAAUGACUGUCUCUGGGACCCCCUCUGAUAAUAUUCAGGGUUUAAUGACUGUCUCUGGGACCCCCUCUGAUAAUAUUCAGGGUUUAAUGACUGUCUCUGGAACCCCCUCUGAUAAUAUCCAGGGUUUAAUGACUGUCUCUGGAACCGCCUCUGAUAAUAUCCAGGGUUUAAUGACUGUCUCUGGAUCCCCCUCUGAUAAUAUCCAGGGUUUAAUGACUGUCUCUGGAACCCCCUCUGAUGAUAUCCAGGGUUUAAUGACUGUCUCUGGAACCCCCUCUGAUGAUAUCCAGGGUUUAAUGACUGUCUCUGGAACCCCCUCUGAUGAUAUCCAGGGUUUAAUGACUGUCUCUGGAUCCCCUCUGAUAAUAUUCAGGGUUUAAUGACUGUCUCUGGAACCCCCUCUGAUAAUAUCCAGGGUUUAAUGACUGUCUCUGGACCCCCCUCUGAUAAUAUCCAGGGUUUAAUGACUGUCUCUGGAACCCCCUCUGAUAAUAAUCAGGGUUUAAUGACUAAUGUCCAGUUUAAUCUGUCUUUCUGGACCAUCUUGAACUGUGGAUGUAUGGGAUCAUGUUAAGGUGCCUAUGGCCACCAGAUAUAACUGGUGUAGUGGUUCAUGUUCAAGUUAAAAUGGCCUCUGGGCAUCUCUGAUGUUGAGUUUAAUGCCUAGUAUUCAGGUUAACAUAUCUCAUCCGGACCCCCUAUAAUAUCCUGGAAUUAAUAGCUUAUGUACAGCUUCGUAUGUCUCUUCCAGUCACUUAUUGUGUUCAAUGGCUAGUAUUCAGACAAUUCAGUUUCUUCUGAAAUCUUGUAGUGAGUUUAUGGAUGGUGUCAUAUUACUAUUGUACCUCCUCAGGACACCUCUUCUAUUUGGGGUUAGGUUGGUAUUCAGUUGAUGAGUCUUCUGGACACUUUUAAUGUUGUGGAGUUUAAUGUUAUUCAUGUCAUUGUGCAUGGUGCAUGCUAAUGUUGUGUCCUGUAUCAGUUAUUUAGAUUCAUAUAUUUUGUCUGAAACUUACAAUUAUGGCUAUAGACUGGUCAAUAUGGUUUAUGUACUGUAUCCAUCUAAUACUAUGGCUUAAAAUGAUACUGAUCAGUGUUAGUAUGCCUCCCUUUGACUCUUUAGACUUCAUUGUUUAAAGGGCUGGUGGACCAUUGAUUAGUGCCCUGGACUUCACGCAAUGUUUUAUGUCUAAAAGUGAGGAACAUAUGUCUUAAUUUGUGUAAUACAUUUUUGUAAUUUAAAAUACUUAUGUUAAAAUUUUCUGAAAUAUGUUUCAAUUGUCCAUUGCAGACUUGCUAUGAAUUCCAAAUAAUGUCCCUUAUAAAUCUGUUCUAUACACUUAGAUGAAUUUUGUCACAUCAUUUGUUGUGCUUUGGCAUCUCAUGAACAAGUUUGAUAUACAUUAGUAUAUAAUACAUCUGAAAUAAUAUUGACUGGUUGUAUACUUGAUAUGUGUUUUGUUUUUUAAUAGUUAAACCUCUGCAUACAAACAAAAGCAGUGUUCUAGUUGAGCAAACAUUCCUUUUGCUAGAGAAGGAACUCCUUUUCCUGAGCCUAGUCUUGUAUGUGCAUAGGCACAUGUGUAAUUAAAGUUGGCAUACAUACCUGUGGAAUUUUGCUCCAACUUCUCAUCAUUAGUGGCUAAAAUGCUGUUACAUACUGUAUGUACACUUGCCGUUUACUGCACACUGUACUGCUGUAAAUGUAUACCUUGAUCACCCUUUCUCUUUAUCUAAAAUCUCAAAGUAACCUCCUGUCAUAGAUCUGGUUAAUCUGCAACUCCUUGGAAACUUCUCACAAUAUUAUAUUACUGAAUGUCUUUAGUUCCUUUUAAUACUUCUUGCCACACUGAACUAAACUUGAAUGCUGUUGUCACUUUUUUUUUUUUUUCUUGAAUGUUAUAGGUUUCACAAAGAAGUUAAAACGAACAAACAUCAGUAUUUAUUAACUUGUAGCCCAUCUGCUGUUCACAAAUUUGUGAUUUAGACUAGGCCUGGCUGUCAGAGCUGUGCAUUCUGCAACUCUACUGCUAAUAUUUUAUUGCAAAUAAGUCUCACGUGUGCAAUGGACAGGUACAGCUACACUGUGAAUUUAUGGCCACUGGAUAAAAGCUUUGGACUUAAUUAGUACUAGUGAUAUUUUGUGCUAGACAGCAAACAAAUGUCAUACCUAAUUUUACUUAGACCUCGCUAUCUCAUACCUGGCAAUCUUAAGAUGAUUUGUGGCUUUGGAAGGUAUUCAGGUUUUUAACCUUUAAGGGAUUUCUUUUAAAGGGGCCCAAAGGUGUUGAAUUACCUAAUGCCAGUGGAAUCUGCUCAAUAUUCCAAGGUCAUCACUGAAAAAAAAAAUAUUGAAAUGGAUCUGCAAGCUCUGCUUAUUGUUUAAUUUUUUUUUUUUUUUUUUAUUCUCUUUCUGAUGACAUCGGAAAUUUGUUUUGAAGGUCUUUUUAGUGACUUCAAGUUAGUUUGGACAUAAACAGGGGUUUAUUCACUAAACUUUGAGUCUUAUUGAAUUGAUGGCGAACAGCAAAAUUUAAUAUUAAUCUAAAAAUAGUCGAUCUGUGACCAUAGCGGAGUUUGAGAACUUUUCCAAAUAUUGUAAUUUUUUUUUUGUGGGGUACACUAUAGCUUGGAUUUUAGCACAUUUAAGUGUAGUGCAUACCGGUAGAUAACAAUUAAACAGAUAUCUAUGAAUGUGUCUGCCAUGUAACAAAGUCCUGGCCUCUUGAUUUUACCAGGAAGUGGUUGAAAUUCCUGGUUUUGUAAGGGAGAAUCACUCAGGUUGCAUGCUAGGUAAUUUCUCUAUACAACAGAAUGGGACUUCCAUUCACAUAAAUACUGAAAGUUGCAGAUCCCCAUCUUCUUGAUGAAAAUCAGUGGUAGCUGCAUGAAGAAGUGAACAAAAGCCACAACCAGCUGCAUUGUGCAUGUUUAAGCGAGUCCUUUUUGUUUUAUGUAGGGAAACAUUGCUAAUUUGAAAAGUGUACAGCUGUACUCUUUAGCCCAUAGCAGCUCUAAAAAGAAAAUUAUGCUAUGCAACUGACAUGCAAAAAAAAUAAAAUACUUGUUUAAAUAGUUCAUUGAUGUUCAGUUAGAUGUCUUUACUUCUAGAGCAGGACGUGACAAUUUUCCUUGAAUCUAGGAGCCUGUUUUUUAAAAAAAAACGCUUUCGUAUGGAUAAGCGUUGGAUGAGAUCAUAAAAAUUAAUAAUCUCCGCCAAUGGAGGCGGGGUCAACUGCGGUAAGGCCACCACUGUGCGGGGAAAAGGGGGAGUAAAAACACCUUUUGCGUGUGAUCGGAGGGGAAGGGGUUGGUUACCCAGACACACACGUGCAUUUACAUUCUUUUACACACUCACACAUUGUUUUAAUUAAAUGUAUAUCCACCCAGCCUCCCUACCUUUGGGAGAGCUAGAGGGCAUCCUUUCCUUAGCUUCCAGUGUACCUGCUAUGAUCCUGAAAUCUUCAAGCUAUUCUUGCUCUGCUCAGUUGCACGCCCUUUAAUGAUGCGGGGGUCAAAAUGUUAUCAUAACCUGGCACAGCUGAUCAUCUUUCGAAGGAGCAAAGCAAUAAGUACAGGAAGAUUACAGCUCCCAUUUCUUACAACCGCCCACAUCCAUUCUGUACAGCUGCCCACCUCGUGAGGCGGGGCGCUAAGGUGGCCAGUGCUGAAGAGCUUGACAAACACCCAGGUUCAGGGUUUAACUUGGAAAGAAUGCUUCUGGGAUGCAGGUACCGGUAAUUAUAGGAGUCAUAGCAUUAUCAAAUGGUGUGGGGGCACUCCUGGUUCCAUAGCCAUUACAUCCCACUAGUGGUUAUGGUAUUCGGAGUAUUCUUUUAAUUGGAACAGUUGCUUUCUUUUGAUGUAAGAUUAAAAAAAUAUGUUCAUUGUUAAUGCGCAGCAGCAGAAACACGCUAUCAAUAAUUAUCAAAUGACUACUUACAGGAGUGGCAUCAGGACAUCCCUGCCACCAUAACCAUUACACUCUUUAGUGAUUAUAGUGUUCAGUGUUCCUUUAAUUGAAACAGUUGCUUUCUUUUGAUGAAAGAUAAUUUCAACCUGUUGGCUUCAUUGUUGAUGUGCAGCAACUGAAAUGUUCUAUCAUUAAAUCACUUCCUCUGACUGAAGUCCACUUUGGUGGGAAAAUGCAGUUCUGAUUUAAAAAAAAAAAAAAAAAAACACUUGUCAGUUUUUGUGCUCAGUGUGGUUAUCCAAGUCUGAUUCUCCUCUUUGGCAGAAAGCUAGCACAUUGUUUUGAUGUUUGCUAAAAGCAGUAACUCAUGUUAAUCUCCCUCUCUUAACUCCUAAAGAGGUUUUGUAUUGUAAAUUAUUUGGGAUGCAUAAGCCAGGAGUUGUCUGGAUAGCUCUGCUUUGUCUUUUUUCGGGGAGAAUGUGUGCAGGUUGCUUGUUGGCUAAACAUGCCCUGAGAAUUUGUUUAGUUUUAAAUGUUUUGUUAAUGCUAAACAUUUCUGUUCUGUGCUUCAUCUAGCUUGGCAAAUUCAUGACACUGCAGUAAUACAGUUCUGCAAAGGAAAGACUCAGCCACUCUUCCAAAUUGGCAAAAGAACCCUGCCGUAUACUUUUGUCCUUCACUCCAACCAAUUUCACGUUUUUAUUACUAGUCCAGAGAGCAUGUUACUGCUCCAAUCUAUAGGACCUCUGUUCAAAUAAUUGUGUUAUGCAUUCUCUUGCCAUAACAACUCCUGCGUAUUUGUGGUAAGAAAGCUAUUGAUUCCUCUCACUUAAGAGAAAAUGUGAUGUCCAAACACAUUUCUGUAUAUGUGCGGGGUGGGGGUGGUGGGGUAUGAUGUGACAAUGCAAGUAGAAAAUGCUGAAUCAGUCUGAGAAUCAAACCUGUAACCCUGAAGUUUGUCAGAUAUACAUUUUGCUAUAAUAUAUAAAAUUACUUAAGGGCUCUUAAUAUUGUAUACAUACUUGCACUUUUAUUUCAAUAAAAAAUGAUUUCAGAUGGAUGGAGAAUCAAUACUUGUUUUGAGAACAUAUACCUCAGUAAGAUCGCAAGUUGCCUUUAUUUCUCUAACAUUCAUCUUCUUCCAGUCUUUCUAACAAACUUGAACGGAAAGCAGGAAAUAGGCAGUGGUUUCAGUGAUUCUCCAAAAUAGUCAUUGCAUAUUGAGUUUCACAACAGGUAGUUUGAAAUCGAUCAAUAUAUGAAACUGUGUAACUAUUUUGAAAGUUUUACCCAAUAUAAGGGGGGGUAUUCCACACCAUACAUGCCUUGCAAUGAGCUUUGUUCAAGGAGAUCACUUGUUGCUGUGCCCCAUAAGGACCAUAUAUACAUGCCUUUGCCAAACACAUGCAAGUCUCUACUGUUAGCUUGGGUAACUGCUGUAUUGUCAUUUUACAAUGCAUGGAAAUACUGGCAUUUGUUGAGUACUCAUGAGUCUAAUCUAGAAAAGUAUUAAACGUGUGGUUAGACCACACACACUAAAAAUAGCCCUCUAUCAGAUUGCAGUGAAAAGGUGUUCAGCUCACCUUUUAUUUCGGCUGGUCCCACUUCCAUGGCUGAGAUAACAAAUCUUGAUAAUUUCAACCAAUCCAAUGCUUUCCCAUAGGCCAGCUUUGGGAGGCCACUGUACAGAAAAAGGCUGCGCCAGUCAGCAACUCCUCAUAGAGAUUCAUUGAAUAAAUGCAUCUCUAUGGGGAUAGUUUAGUACUUCCACCCUCUGCAUUGAGACGCUGAAUGUAGGUGCUGCACACUGGAAUAGGAAGCACCUCUAAUGGCUCUUUGUGUGACUGCCGCUAGAGGUGUUUCUAGGCAGCCAUGUAAACACUGCUUUCUCUGAAAAGGCAGAUUUUAAACUGAAAAAAAGCCUUCAGAAACUGGCUAUAGACACUAGAACCACUAGAAUAAGCUAUAGAGAUUCUGGUGACCACAGUGUCCCUUUAAAUUGGAAGGGCACCAGGUUACUCCUGGCACCGUUACUACUACAGCAUGCAGUGGUGGUUAUGGUGCUUGGAGUGUUUCUUUAAGCAGAGCGAUAAACACUCUCAAAGUGUUCAAAAGGUAUAUACGUUAUUUAUCUUCUAACAAUAAAGCAAGUUUAAUUAGUGUAAUUUUUUAAGAGUGCGUCAAUUGUAGUACAAUUUCAAGUCUUCUUGUGUACUUUGACCUGUAUGUCUAAGUUACGGAACUAAUUUAUAGUAUGUUCUAAUCUCUACUCCUUGGACAUAAAAAGUGCAGUGCCCUCUCAAAUACAGCCACUCCUUUCUGUUGACAGCUAUUUGCUUAUGCAAAUCCUUUAAAGGACCACUAUAGUGCCAGGAAAACAAACUUGUCCUUAGGUCCCCCCCACCCUCAUGGGCCCCCCUCCUGCUGGACUGAAGAGGUUAAAACCCCUUCAGCCACUUACUUUUCUCCAGGGCUGGGCUCCCUCGGUGCUGGGAAACUCUCUUCCUCCACAGUGAGACAGCCACUAGAGGCUUAAUUAACUCUCAGUGUAAACAUAGCAGUUUCUCUGAAACUGUUAUGUUUUCAUCUGCAGGGUUAAAACGAGAGGGACCUGGCACCCAUUGAGCUGUAGUGGUCUGGUUGCCUAUAGUGGUCCUUUUAAUGAACUUCUGUAGUCAAUGGGUCCUUCCUUUUAAUACAUAUACAGUGCCUUGCAAAAGUAUUCACCCCCUUGACUUUUUUCCUAUUUUGUUACAUUAUAGCCUUAAGUUCAUUGUUUUGUUAAUCUCAAUUUUAUGUGAUCGAUCAGAACACAAUAGUCUAAAUUGGUGAAGUGAAAUGAUAAAAUGAUAUACAUAAAAAUAUUUUUUAGAAAUAGAUAACAGAAAAUUGGCAUGUACAUAUCUAUUCACCCCCUUUGUUAUGUAACCCAUAAAAAGCUCUGGUGCUACCAAUUAAAUUACCUUCAGAAGUCACAUUAGUGAAAUGAUUUCCACCUGUGUGCAAUCUAAGUGUCACAUGAUCUGUCAUUACAUAUACACACCUUUUUUGAAAGGCCCCAGAUGCUGCAACACCUAAGCAAGAGGCACCAAUAACCAAACACUGCCAUGGAGACCAAGGAACUCUCCAAAAAAGUAAGGUUCAAUGUUCUUGAGAAGUACAAGUCAGGGUUAGGUUAUAGAAAAAUCAAAAUCUUUAAUUAUUCCCAGGAGCACCAUCUAUUCUAUCAUAACCAAAUGGAAAUAACAUGGCACAACAACAAACCUGCCAAGAGACGGCCGCCCACCAAAAUUCACGGACCGGGCAAGGAGGGCAUUAAUCAGAGAGGCAGCACAGAGAACUAAGGUAACCCUGGAGGAGCAGCAAAGGUCCACAGAAGAGACUGGAGUAUCUGUACAUUGGACGUCAAUAAGCCGUACGCUUCAUAGAGUUGGGCUUUAUGGCACAGUGGCCAGAAGAAAGCCAUUACUUUCAAAAACAAAAUGGCACGUUUUGAGUUUGUGAAAAGGCAUGUAGGAGACUCCCAAAAUGUAUGGAGGAAGGUGCUCUGGUCUGAUGAAACUAAAAUGUAACUUUUCGGCCAUCAAAGAAAACGCUAUGUCUGGCGCAAACCCAACACAUCACCCAAAGAACACCAUCCCCACAGUGAAACACAGUGGUGGCAGCAUCAUGCUGUGGGGAUGUUUUUCAGUAUCCGGUACUGGGAAACUGUUCAGAGUUGAGGGAAAGAAGAUUGUGCUAAAUACAGGGAUAUUCUUGAGCAAAACCUGUACCACUCUGUGCAUGAUUUGAGGCUAGUAUGGAGGUUCACCUUUCAGCAGGACAAUGACCGCAAACACACUGCUAAAGCAACAAUUGAGUGGUUUAAGGGUAAACAUGUAAAUGUGUUGGAAUGGCCUAGUCAAAGCCCAGACCUCACUCCAAUAGAAUAUCUGUAGUCAGACUUAAAGAUUGCUGUUCACAAGUGCAAACCAUCCUCCAGCUGUGAUUGUCACAAAAGGUGGCUCUACAAAGUAUUGACUUGAGGGGGUGAAUAGUUAUGCACAUUGACCUUUUCUGUUGUUUUGUCCUAUUUGUUGUUUGCUUCAUAAUAAAAAAAAUAAAUAAAAAAAAAUCUUCAAAGUUGUGGGCAUGUUCUGUAAAUUUAAAUGAUGCAAAUCCUCAAACAAUCCAUGUUAAUUCCAAGUUGUGAGGCAACAAAACACGAAAAUUGCCAAGGGGGUGAGUACUUUUGCAAGGCACUGUAUUCUUAUUUAUUCCUUCACAAUUUGUCCACAUAAAAAUGUGCAAACAAAUAUUUUUCAAAAAUGGACUGUUUACAUAAUCAUUGACCUGGCUACAUGUCCAAUAUUGAUAAUCUACACAAGACUAAUAAAUUAUGCUUUGCAUCAAAGUGUCUUAUCAGUCUGAUUGUCAAUACUACCACUUUUUAUAUAGAGCAUGAAGAUACAUUUAUUUUUUCCAUAGUGUCCCGUACAGAUUAUUUAAAUUUUUUUUUUUAAAUCACCAACUAUUAUACAGUUCACAAGGGUAUCUGAAGUAAUUGCUUGCAAAUAAUGCACACCAGCAACACAUUUCUCUAUAGCAUAUAGGAAGUGGUUUUCUAUGUUUGGAUUAUUUUCUAGUACUGAUGAGGUUGAGUCCUGGUUCGGAAUAUUGUCCCUUUAACUAAAACAAGUUGCUUGCUGACUGUAAUGUUUGUUACAAAUAUUGGUUUGCACAUAAAAUACACCUUUACCUAUAGUAUUGAAAGUACCUGAAAUAGUUUUUAAUUUUUUUUUUAUAUAUAUAAUCUGUUAAUUGUUAGAUGCUAUGUUUUAUCUUUGCCUCCUAUUAAAGGUAAAGAGAUUAUUUGAACAGGGUUGCUUGUCUGCAGUGUGAGUGACAUUCUGCUUCGCUUUAUUUGUAUUCCUAGUGAUUCAUUAAGUUGCUUUCCUCUUAUUGUUGAUCACGUGUACAUAUGUUUGAUGUAUGAAAGGUUUUCUGUGAUAUGUGCAGUUCUGUUUUAGUGUGUCCCUUCUAUACUUUGCUUAAAGGGAUCCUAUAGUGCCAGGAAAACAAACCUGUUUUCCUGGCACUAUAGGUUAUUGGGGCGCCCCCCUCCCUGGGCGAUGAAGGGGUUAAAACCCCUUCAGUUACUUACCUAGAUUCAGCGCUAAGGGAACUCUCCUCCCUCGCCAACAUCCACUCCCGAGUGGAGCCGAAUGCGCAUUCAAACUCGCCCAUAAGAAAGCAUUACUCAAUGGGGAUCUUAUUUGACAUUGGACUCCGUGAGGACGUCCAGUAUCGGAUUAGUGCAAUUUACUUAGUGUAAAUCGCAGAAGCGGACUCUAGUGGCUGUCAGGGAGACAGUCACUCGAGACUGGAUUAACCUGCAGUAUAAACAUAGCCGUUUCUCUGAAACAGCUACGCGUUCAGCUGCAGGGUUAAAACUAGGGGGACUUGGCACCCAGACCACUUCAUUGAGCUGAAGUGGUCUGGGUGCCUAUUGUGGUCCUUUUAAAGGGUUUCUCCAACAUCCAUGAUCACUUCUGUUUUUAAAAGUAGUCAUUUAAAAGAAAUCUGUAUGUGCAGCAUUUCAGCUAAAAACGCUGCCUACACAAUGAAAUUUAUUUUGUGUGUCAGUGUAAUUACACCCCUGGCACACAUGAUUUAGUCAGCCUGGAACUCUGUUGUGGACUGACUGAUUUGAAUCCUGUGCAAAACUUUAAUCUGCCUGCCUACCCGAUGUCCAAUAAGUCUGUGCACCUCCAUGUGCCUUCCCCUUGUCAAACCCCACCCUUUGACUAGCACACACCACCUCCCUCCUUCCCUAGUCGGCAUUCCGAUUGGGAGGUGGGCAGCCUACAGUGAUGAGCUGUCAUUUGGCUCUUCUUGGCGCUUGUGACCGGUCACACUGCAUAGUCUCUUACUUUAAAAAUAAGUCUUAUUUAUUGAAGCUUGGUGUAGACCUCCAUAUUCUUGUGGCGAUACAUGCAUCGCUUUAUAACUGGAUUGCAUUAUCGAUUUACCUCUGCCUGACCUGUCGCGUUCUAUAAUAUGUAUAUGUAUUUUAACACGUAUAUGUAAUAUUUUUAGGAUUUGGACCCUGAUGUUAUUUAAGGAGGCAUCUUGCUUUAGGUCUGAUGUCUUGUCUUUGCAAAGCAGCCAAUUACCAAACUAUGACCAGAAGGGCAAACAAGGAAGUAAAUAAUUGCAACAGAAAACAUCACUUUGUGCUCUCAUAGGAUGAGUCAUUGUUCUGGUUAGGUGAUUACACUCACAUACACACUCACACUCCCUCAUAGGAAAUAUAAAGUACACCUCUGUGAAAUCUAUGGUUUUACAUAUCGCUGUGUCAUGAUUUAUUUUCCCAUGACUGUGUGUCGUUGUCAUGUAGUCUAGCAUUAUAAGGCAAGUUAUUCAGUUACUAUUGUCUUGGAGCAAUGUUUGUAUUCAGAGUACUAGAAUUAACACAUGAGAGCUCUUAGAGAAAUGUGACUGUCAUACUGUAUGCCCAUGUUUGCUUUUAUUCCCUGAAGUCUUACUGUGGGAUAGCACCAGAGCAUUGCUGACACUCUUGUCAUUACAGAACACUGUAGUAGUUAUGGUGCUUGGACUGUUCUUUUAAUAUAUUAACUUUUCCCAAUGUACUGUAUAAUCAAACCAUUUAAAUAACCUCCUGAUCUGCCCUAUUUCCCUACAGAAAGCAUGUUUGUGGAUUCCCAGCUUCAUUUGCAUUCCUUCUUUCUCCAGAUUCAUACCUGCAUCCUGUUUUCCCUCAGCAAACACUUCCAUAAUUUUUGCUACCACUAACACAUCCACACUUUCUAUCUUUCUCUAUAGCAUGUUCCUUCACCUGCCUCUAACAUUAACCGCUUAACUGCUUCCCAAGCUAAUCAAUAUUUACAUAUAACCCCAGGUCUCUAGACAUUACUUCAAACAGCCUCUGCAACAUCUUGUCUCUGUAAAUGUUCUGUUAACAGUAACUCCUUAAUGGCAGAGAAUAGAGUAGUGCAUGGACUCAUUCUAUACAUCCAAAUCUCUUCAUUAAAUGUUACCUCUCAUGCCAGGUACAACUUAUGCUUUUUUUCAGAAGCUUUAAAUUCUAUCUAUACAUUGUGCUAACAGAUUUGUGUAGAUUAGGAGAAAAAUCUAUUUAUAAUAGUUUUUCUCCAACCCUCAAUUCUUUGGCAUACAGUAUAUACUAGAGUAUAAGUCUAGUUUUUCAGCACAUUUUUUGUGCUUAAAAACCCCCACUCGACUUAUACUCGAGUCACUGUCUGUAUUAUGGCAACUUAGAGAGCCGCGGCCGUCAGAGCCAUGGCAACGAUCCGCGAGACUUACAGUGGAGCUGACCGGAACGGAGGAGAAAGGAGCUGACAGGAGCUGCAGGAAAGGUAAGUAAAUGCUUCCUGCCGGCUCCCCCACUUCACAGCCCAUGCCACUGGACCACCAGGGAUUAAGACACAGCACCCAGACAAUUUCAAUUAACUGAAGUGGUCUGGGUGCCUACAGUGUCCCUUUAAGGGAGCUAACAGAGGGAUCCUUGUAGGAGCAUCAUGGCUCCAAAUAAGAAGACACAAAAUACAAACCUUAUAAAAGUAGCAAUGCAAUAAAAUAUCUCUUGCCAGAGAUGGAAGCACUUGGCAGAUCCCAGGUAAGUUGUUACAUUUUUCUUAUACGGUUUUAGAACUGAAGUGUUUAUGGUGGUUGGAGUGUUCCUAUAACAUAUUAAUUACAUUUGACCUGUGUGUUUUGCUGCAGGUCCUAAAUGAUUCCAAAUCUGGUUGAGUACAUCGUGUUCUAGACUUGUUACUAAGUCUCACUAAAUUGGUUAGUCAGGUGGUAGAGAUACAUUUUUAUUUUUUCCCCCUAAAACGCACAUUUUCCUUUGCUUUUUGUAUCCAGUGAAUUAGACUAUAAAUAUAUUGCACUCACCACUCCCUCCCCAAUGCCAUUGAUGCAUGCAGAAACUAUGGCCUAAACUAUUGCCAAAAUGUUUGUCCCCAGUGAAAAAUUGGAAGGUGUAAUUUCCUCCCCCCCCCCCACCCCCUUUAAUUUAUUUUUUUAACUUUGUCUAAUUCUUGAACCAGUUUACAUUAAAAUUUAGUUUCCUGUUCUCUUCUAUUAUAGCAGCUCUCAGAUAAUUAAGAUAUUUUCACACCCAUAUUAUGCUCUUAAAUGUUAUUUACCCAUCUUUAAUAUUAUGCUAAGCUAUAAUUACAUCUCAUUGGUAAGCGCCAUAUAAGGAUUUUGUAGGGAUAGUUGUCCAUUAAAGGGACCUUCUAAUUAACAUAAUUACAACUACUUCUACCAUAACUACUGCACAAGCUGGCAUCUAGAAGCUGCUCCCUCUUCAACCAACUCCAUAAUAUUGAAUUUACAAAUAGGUGGAAAGCACUGCCUAAUUCAACCCCCCAGGGUUAUUAAUCUAUCACUGCAAUCUAGGUUGGAGAACGGCACCUAUUUAUUUUUGGUAACGCAGCCCUGAUCCUGAGCUGCAGUUUUUAUGUUGCUUAUACUGCUUUUUAAAAUUUGAAACAAGUAGAUUUUUUUUCUUAUUAUGGCUGUUUUAACAUUCUUCUUUAUUAGGCGAAGUCAGAUGUAAUUGCUUAGCACAAAGUCAUGACCACACUCAUUGGCUAACAGCAUGGACUGUAGAGCUGUCUUAGUUCUCCUGCAAGAGAAGGCCAGAUGAAAUGGACGAGCAUAUAGCAGGAUAGGCUGUGACUUCUUAAUAUGGGAAAGCAUCAGAGUACUCCUGGCACCAUAACUAUUACAUGGGCCGUAGUGGUUAAUGUGGUUGGAAUGUUCCUUUCUUUAUAAUCCUUGAUGCGGCUUUCCAUUUUUGUGAAUUAUUUUUUUUUAAAGUACCUUAUAGUGUUGUUUUUACUGGAACAAUUCAUAGCUUGUAGUAGGGCUCACAGGCAACAGUACAUGUGCACUAGCAACUAGUCCUGCGUUGUGCGUUCAUUUUUAUAAAGGACAGCUACUUGUUCACCUGCAAUGCAAUUUAAAUGGUACAAUAAGGCAAGCAAUGUAGGGGGUCCUCAAAAUUGUUUCCCUUUAUUGUAUUCAGGGCACUCUCAUGUCAGUUGCUAGCAUUAUUUUAAUUUCCUUACUGGAUUCACCGAAGCCGGCUCUGCUGGGUACUAUUCUUUAGGUUUCCUCUGUUCCUAUUGAGUACUACCUCUCACAUAUCCACCACCUCCCUGACAAUUUAGAGCAUGAUCUCUUGUUGCUUUUUUGUUCGUCAAUGCUUUGUAGCUGGUUACAGAAAUAGCUACCUAUAAAUAAUUUUACUUUUGCAUUAAUAUUUUGCAGAUUUAAAUAUAAACAGUUUUGUUUUCUUUAGUGUUUUUCUUUUAAAAUGAAAGAAACUAAAUAAUUUUGCAUCUUUUUUUGUUAUCCAUUAAUUUAAAUUUUAGCCUUUUGCUUACAAGUAUUUUCUUCCUGGAACAGAAUCUACUUUAUCAUACUCUUAAGAUACGGUUUGCUGAAAGCAGUUACUUAAAGGAUUAGACUUUUUUUUUUUUUUUGAGGGUUUGUUUUCCCUUUGCAUGUAAAAACACCAAAAUAACUUAACUAGGCAAUAUAUAAUCUGUAAAGGGAUGCUGUAAGAUCUAUAACUGUUUAAUCGUAGUGUCCUCUGGCACUGUCGAUCCAUUCAGUGUUAAAUCUUUUUCAAACAAAUUAACUAGGGUUACCUGACCAACUAUAAACCAAUCCCUCCCCCCACAAUUUAAGUAGUCAAAUAGAUUUUAAAUGGUUUGACUUAGUUAGAUCAUUGACACUCUUAGCCAAUGAGCUUAUGGAAGCAUGUAAGCAGGAGGUUCUGGGUUUCUGUACUGCUAAGUGGAGGCUUAUGCAUGUGUAUUAUACUGUUUUUUUUUUUUGUUUUGUUUUUUUAAAAGCUGUUAAGAAUCUUUGUUAAAGGGCACAGAGCUUUCUUAAAGUUGAGCAUGCUUUUCUUAUAGUCCUUUAUGAUUGCUUACAUCCAGCAUGUCAAACUCAGUCUAGCACGGGCCACAUAAACAAGGUUUAAGUUUAUGUGGGCGGCAAAAAAAACUCUUAAACUUUCAUAGAAAAAAGUUUUAUUUUUAAAAGUAGAGCAUAACCCCCCCCAGCUUCCCCCUCCCUCUACUAAAUCCCAGCACCCCCCUCUAGCCAACAAGCAGACUCCACUCACAAUGCCGCUGCCAGUAUGCGACUCCGGAGUCCAGCCUCUGGUAUACCCCAAAUGGCGCCGUCCACACCCUGUGCCAUAUCUGAUCCUCCCGCUACUUCUGGAAACCCUGUGAAGGUGGAGUACGUCAAUGUCAUGUCGGAAUGUGAUAUGCCGUUGCGUGCCUCCAUUCACCUCCAGGUACUCCACUGUCCAGUCGCAGCCAGUGCAACACUGACUAACACUCACUGACCAACACACUCUCUUACACAUUCUUGCACACAUCAUUUUCUUUAUUGCUCCCUACCUUUGGGAGCUGAUGUGGUGCCUCUCCCUGGGGUCCAGUGGGGAUCUUCUAUCUUCUAUCUGCUCCUCCCUGCUCCCUCGCGCGCAGUUUAGUGAUGCCGGGUGCCGCAAUAUGACAUCAUAUUCCGGCACCCAGCUUCACUACAGACGAGCUCUGGAGGGAACAGUGAGGAGCAGGAACAGUGAGGCACCUGCAAUUUGGGGAAAGCAGGUGCCAACUUUGCUUUAACAUCAAGCAUUUAGGCGCAGCUCGCCGGGCUGCAAAGAUGUCCAUUGUGGGCUGCAAAGGUGUCCAUUGUGGGCUGCGAGUUUGACAUGCUUGGCUUACAUGCUUUAGUAAAAUGCAAUUUAUUUUUAUUUUUUUAUUAAUAUUUUCAUUUUAAACACUAAUGCUGACAACGGAUACAACCAGAAUUGAACUUUAUAUACUUAGCUUUUGCUUGGUUGUGAUAAGGCAAUAUAUAUUUUUAAAAAUUAUUUAUUUUUCUAAAGACCGGUGAAACUUGUAAAUGGAUAUGCAGUAAAAAACGCUUAUAUCUGUAUACAGCAAAUGACCAUCAGCAUUGCUGUUACUAUUGAAUGAUUUUACUGCUAACCUAACCUGUUCUAUUUGUGUGUGAAUUCUGUUUCCUUUUAUGGUUUCAUCAACAUUCUUUAGUAAACUGUCAUGGCAAGGCCUGGCCUAAUAUCUACAGGUUGGUAACACAGUAAUUGUAACACAAUCUCUGGCUCUGUUAAUAAGUAAAUGGAAAACCACUUUAAGAGAACACCUUAUCUUGAUGCUGAAAAAAACGUAUCCUUCAAAGAAGACAAUACCAUACAUAUGUCCCAACUGAAUUUUCUAACCUUUUACUCUUCUUGGUUAAUUUAUUUUGUGGUCAUUGAUUAGCUUUCAUUUUUGGCUGAAACUUCACUGGAUUCCUAGUUUUCUAUCAAAUGGUUUAAAAAGUUAGGAAUGUAAGCAAACUAUGUGGACUCCACAUAUGAGUUCCAAUUGAGAGCCACAAUCAUUUAUUUUAAAUGAGAGAAGGUACAACAGUAAUUAUUGGGGUGUGUGUGUACGUACAGACACACACAAAUUUUUUUUUCUCAUGAUCAAGGAAAUGGAUAGUUGCCUUUACGUCUCACACAGGACAGGUUGGACUGAAAAAGCUUAAAAAAAUAAAAUAAAAAAAAUAUGGAGUCCACAUUACCAAGCUCCUGCCUUAUAAAUGAUAUCACUACCCUGAGGUCCCCAGUGUCUGCCUGUCCUUGGCAAAUGUACUGUCCUUGGUACUGUCCUUGUGCAGUGUGUAUAUAUAUCCAAUUUUUUGGGGUUUUGGUUUUAGGUCGGCAUCAAAACUUGGGAUGUUUUGAUGACAUGUCAAUCUAAAGUGCAAAAAGAAUUGUCUGAAUGUUGUAUACCUGUUUAGGUAUAUAUCAGUCAUCGAUGCAGAUUAGGAUUUUUUUUUUUUAAUAGCUAAAUAAUUUCAUUUGUGUAAUCCUUGAGGGUUACAGCCACACCAUGGUUAAUUGACACACUGCUGUGUAAUACAUAAUGUUUGUCUGACUUCAUGUUAAAGUGCCUAAGCACAAAGGGUUCUAAGUGGAACAUAUUGUUUUAAAUGGUACAAAUUACAUUUAACAGGUCUCUGCAGGCAGUCCUUAAUGUAUAAUGCUUCUAAUGCAGUGAAUAUAUAUUUUAUCAAGUAAAAAUAAUUUAUAAGCUAAAUUAUAUAUUUAAUUGCUUUAGCAGCUGUUAAUCUCAAUCAUGAUCUGACAUUUGUGGGUGUCACGCCCACUUCUUUCUUUCACCUUGCUCCCACCCCUGUCUCCUCCUCUACCAUGGAGCCUAUAUGUUAACUUCAUUGCCACCCUUUUAGUGUUAAAACAGAAUAUCGCGUAGUACUCAAGCGAGCGGCGUGCUCUAACCAAGAACAAAUAUAUGUUGACUAUUGAUUGACAGGUGAUGGACAAUAGAUUUUAUUACAAUUAUCAGAAAAUAUACACACCUGCUAGUAAAUCUACUGGCAUAACAUAUAGAUGUUAAUUACUUUAUUUUUAUCUUUUUUUAAUGCGUUUUAUCUAAAGGUCUUUGAACAUUUUAAAUAUAGCCGUUACCAGCAUCCAAUUGCAUUGAUUUCAUUUCAAUAUUUGUGUUCAGAAUGUACUUUAAAUGCUUGCUUUCACUUAUAUGAUCUAGCGCCAAUGUCCCUCGGGCGGGGUUGGGCUUCUCUGAUGUAAGCCAACGGGGAAACCUAAUGGUCAUGCGCAACAAGUGCCACACGUGCAUUAGGUCUUCCCCAUAGGAAAACACUGACUCUGUUUUGCUUGAUGCUGGAUGUCUUCAUGCAAAGCACGAGGGUGUCCAGCAUUGUUUCACAAGUCAAACUACAGGAAGUGGUUAGUUGACAGCCAUUAGAGGCAGUGUUAACACUGCAAAGUUUACAUUGCAGGGUUAAGGUAACUGCACCUAGAACACUUCAACGAUCUGAAGUGGUCUGCGUGCAUGUAGUGACCCUUUAAUCAUCAUAAAGGCUGGCUGAGUGCCAUGUGAGAUGAAGUCUGCAACCAAUGGAUUCUCAAAAGUUAGCAAGCACAGUUUUUGUAUUUAUUUACAGACAUGUCGCCAAAGCAUAUACAGGUAUGUUGACUGUAGCGUUGCGAUUUGUUGUAUAUCUCUAUGACCCUUAAAAGGUUGUGACUGUAAUCUUAUUUUCACCAGAUCUGACACAAGUUAGUUACUUUCUGCAUGUGGCAACCUGAUAUGUGGGCGAGGUCUGCUUUUCUCUAGCAACUCCCGGUUGUCUGCUUCCUUUUCUAAUUAUCAAACAGCUUGUUCUUCUCCUGUCCAUUAUCUUCACUAGUUUUUUUAGACAGGAGAUAUCGUGCUGACGUAGCUCUUAGCUCAAAGUGUGUUUUGUCUCUGUCCAAACGAGUCUUGUAAUAGCCUUGCUAUAUUUACGGCUGCAGAACUCAUUGACGAUUUAUAAAUGAGGUUAUUUGAAACAGUGUUGUCUUGGUAACUUGAAAACAGAAUUGUUCCUUCAUGUUGUAUUCAGUUUGUAAAAUAUAUCAAUUGUAGUAUACAAUGGUAAAAUGCAUGUUGAAGGAGAAAUGCAGCAAAGUGAGAUAUUUGGUAUCUAGCUUUCUGUAUCAUGAACUGGUUAGACAUUUCAGAUUUAUUUAUUUAUUUUUUAUUUGAUUUUUGUUUUGUUUUUUUCGUUUCUCCUCUGCGCACUUAUAUUAUCAGGGAUUCCAUUGUUAUACACCUGCAUGUGUAUCUUGAUGCAUUCUUGGUCUCUAAGCCUGUGAGAAUCUGCCUCACUACUAUUUAGCACCACCCCGGUCAGUGUCCCAAUACUUUUGCCUUGUUCAUAUUUGGCCCAGCUAUGGAAAGCAUGCUGUGUAUGCUAGCCAACUAGAAGCUGUUUGUACACUCAUUUGAAGGGCUGUGCUCUAAUUCUGUUUUGAAUUUUGUCCUACUCCCCAACAUCCCCAAAACCUUGGUUCAUUACUUGGGACAUUCAGUCUUCACUUCUGAUAAGUCAAGCAAUCACACUAAAGGUUGUGAAAUGAAUGAGAAGGGACCAGUUCAUAUGAUAUUUACCUUUGGUGCAUCUGUCAUACAAAUGUAUACAUGUUUAUUACUCUAAUAAAUGAUAACUGCUGUUGUCAUAAGGAAUGCUAAACUUCUUGGUGUGAUAACUGUGGUUAGCAAAGGUUUAGGGCUAGGCCACUGACUUUUUGAGCCAGAGUGCCUCCGCUUGCACUGGCUGGGAAUCCCAGUGGCUGCAUGGAUUCCAUCACUGAUUGUUGAAACCUGCGCUAUUUCUGUGAUGUGCUGGCUUGUUAUAAUUGCGCCAUCACUGUGUUAGGUGUUUUGAGUGUCUUGUGUGAUUCUAGUGUAACACGUUUAUUAAAGUACGUAUUUAGUGGUCAUUAUGUAUCCUUGAAGCAGAUCCACAAAUGUUGUGGGAUUUCUGAUCUACUUUAUAUUUUGUGCUGAUGGUCCUCCUAUAAAUCAUAAAAACCUUCACAAACUGUGUUUUUAAAAGGUUUACAAAAAUUUAUCGUCUUUUUUUUUUUUUAAUGUUGAAAUGUUGAUGUUGAGAUGUUUGAAAGCAUAUCAAAACACUAAUGCAAUACAAUCAUAGUAUUAUGCAAUGUGGUGAUUUACCACUUUUGGCAGUUGCAGGAUGGUAGUACGCAGAUUAAUAAGUGACAUAAUGGGUUAGAAUGCAGUUUAUCCAGUUAUAUUGUGCUAAUGCCUCUUGCCCUUUGACUUGAUAUUACCAUACCUGAAUGUACACUGCUUUGUGUUGUGUAAGCACCAAUCUGCCUGCAGUUCAUGUACUCCUACAGAAACUGCCUACUCCCUUCAGCACAUCAAAGUGUGUUUAUGGCUCAAAAAUCCUGUCUUUUGAUCACGCAUAGACUGUAUCAAUAUAUAUUUUUUAUUUUUAUUUUGAUACGGAUACCUCUUUUGUAUUGCUAGUUUAAGAUUUUUGUGCCAACACCAUUACACUUGGGUAAAAUAAAGUACACCCUAUUCAUUUUACAUAGGUAAGCAUUGGACAUAGCAUGUCACUGCCGAGGGCAUCCGCAUGUUAAAUUCUUCCCAGACCAUGUAAAAACAUCCAGUUAGUUGUAAGUUGUGUUAUUGUGAAGUGGAACAGAUAUGUUAUGUAAUGGUAGGCAACAUAUGCUCACAGAACUGAACUUUUGAGCAGUGGAAGAAAUGUGCACCUAAAAGUUAAAAAUGAAAGGCUCUACAUCAAGAUUUUUGUAAAAAGGUACUGUAAGCACCAUAACCAUCAUUGCUAGUUUUGGUGGUUAUAAUAUGAGUCUUUGAGUGUCCUCCCAUGUGUUUUUGUUUUUCCGUUCCCCUGGUUCCUACCAGAUUGUCUCAAAGCUGUCCAACUUUUGACUGCAAACUUGAAAGCUGCAAGAGCUAGGUAAAUCUGUGAACAGUGCUAAUAUUACAGUUGUUUGUGGGUAGUCCUUCAAUAAUGUGUAGGGUUAUUGGUGCACCUCAAAGUAAAUUGCCUGAGGGAUGGCAAGUCAGCAGUAACUGGGCCCCCAAUAAUUUUUAUUUUUUUUUGUGAAUGAUUUUUUAUUCAUUUUGCAUGUAUUAAGGUUCGAUGAGACACGCAGGUCUCCAUUGCAUGGUAUGACAAAAGAUAACAAGUCUGGCUCGCAGGCCCCCAUCAUAGAAGGACUCGCAGGUCCCCAUUUUCUGGUGUUACGCUUGUUCGGGAAUAUGUUACGUUACGUUUUUAUAAACUGGGUGAACAAUAUGCCAGGUAACCUUCCUUGAACUGGGUUAAUCAGUCCUUGAUUAGGUGUCAGUGUUUGUGGAGUGAGCUCCGUUCUCUGUGUCGUUUGUACACGUAGGAACUAUAGUGUAUGCGUUGUGUCCCUUCUAUUGUGUUCGAGUUCCGUCUAUGUGUCGGCGUUCCUCUGCUAUCUUGUCUGGUCACACAGUGUGUCAGGGGCUCAUUCUGCGUGGGAGCCUGGGAACGUAGGCUUCCCCUAUGGUCUCUGUCGUCGGGCAUCUCAUAGAGCCCUGUGUCUCUAGCCGUGCGGUAUUGUCCGUGUUGGGCUUGUGCUUUCCCCGCUGUUACUAUCAGUAUUUCCCGUGUUUAACCAGGGAUAUGGUGAUAUUGCGGGCAGGGGGUACCCUUUUGUUGUGUGUGUGGUUACGGCAUUAGCCGUGUCAUUGCCGGGCCUGUCCAGGAUUAUCACAGUUGUUCGUGUGUUUUGGCUUUGGGGUGUCAUCCCGGGCUGGUCUGGAAGUGUGUACCAGUUUGUGUUUGUUGUUGUUCCUGAUUAUGGUAUCCCUGAUUGCUGUGGGUACGGUGGGGAUGAUCCAAUCAAUGAUAAUGCUCGGGUGGUUCAAGGGGAGGGAGGGGGAAGAAAAGGGGGUGGUUUCGUUCAGUUCGUCUGUCGGCCGUCUAGCGUCGUCCGAGGUGUGUGUUCUGAGUUCUAUCUGUCUGUGUUGUGAUGUCCGUCAGUGUUAGGUCUGAGUUCUAAUUGGAAUUCUUCUUUUGCCGUCUCUAGAAUCCAGUGCGUCCAAAUGCUCAUGUAGGUAGUGGGUGUAGUACUGGCCGUCAUGGUCAGUUCCUCUAUCGUCCUAAGUUCCUCCAUUUGGUUAAACCAGGUCGAAAGUGGGGGUAUCACUGUUUGUUUCCAGAAUUGGGGGAGCACUCGUUUGGCCACGUUAAGUAUUCUAAUAGUCAUGGAUUUUUUGUAUCUGGAGCGGGGAACUGUUGUGUGGUGUAGGAGCAUCGCUGCCGGUUCCGGGGGGGGGGUCGCAUCCGUGAAUUUCUCUAGCAUUUUGUGUAUCCUCUUCCAGUACGGUUGGAUCAGCGCGCAAUCCCACCAAAUGUGUUUCGUGGUGCCUACCUCUCGUUCACAUUUCCAGCAGAGUCUGGAGUGGUCUGGGUUUACGUGGUGAAGGAGGUGUGGUGUCCUAUACCAAUGUGUUAGAAGCUUGUAGGCCGUUUCCUGUGUUUUGCUGUGAGUGGAACAGUGGUGUGUAAGGUAGCAGAUGGAUUCCCAUUCUGCUUCUGUAAGUGUGUUACCCAGGGCGGCCUCCCAUUUUCCCAUGAAGAGGGGUGUCUCGGACGGGGUUUCUGAUUGGAGCAUGGAGUAUAGGAAGGACACUCCGUGUGGGAGCGGGUCUGGGUGUGAGCUGACCACUUCUAUCGUGGUCCGGUCUCUGGCGAGUGCUGGUCCCUGUGGCAGGGAGUGGACAUAGUUGGUCAGUUGGGCAUGUCGGAAGUGGUGCAUAAAGGUCGGGGGCGUCUCUCCCAUCGUGUCCGUUAGCGUUUUACAUUUCCCUCCUUGGAGGAGGUGGUGUAGGCGUGGGGAUCUGUCCGGGAGGAUGUGUUUAAGGGCUCUUGGGUCUAAACCCGGAGGGAAGUCCUCGUUGUGUCAGAGGUAGGAGGGGGGAGGGGUACGGUGCCAUAUUCCCCUUCGCGGCCCUCCUCCACACUCUCAUGGUGUGUCUCGUGUAUAUGGACAUGUCACCCCUAUCGGUUGUGUCUUGGCCCCAGGGAAGGCCCGAGAUCGGUCUGCCUGCUUCUGCCUCUUCAACCGUCUUCCAUAGUUUGCGUACUCCGUCCUUAGACCACUCCAUGAUUCUCUGUAGGUGUGUGGCCACGUAGUACUGGUGGAAGUCUGGGAGGGCUAGUCCCCUUUUGUCUUUAGGACGUGUCAGUGUGGAAAAUUUCACUCUGGGCCUCCCCCCGUUCCAUACGUAUUUUAUCAUUCUUUUCUGAGUGUGUUAAAGAAGGGGCCCGGUAUGACGAUGGGGAUGGCCUGGAAGAGGUAUAAAAGGCGCGGAAGGAAGUUCAUUUUUAUGACCUGCACUCACCCGAGCCACGAUAUGUGCGGGUAGGACCAUUCCCUCAAGUCUCUUUGGAACGUGUGCAGUAUAACGGCGAAGUUGUCCCUAUAUAGGUCUCUGCUCUGCCUAGUCAGCCAUAUUCCUAAGUACCUAAUUUUAUGUUCAGCCCAUUGGAAGGGGAAACUGCGUCGUAGAGGGUCUGCGCGUGUGGCGGGGACGCUUACAUUAAGGAUGUAGGAUUUACCGUAGUUAAUUUUUAGGUAAGAUAUAUCGCCAAAUGUCCGCAAGUCUUUCUGGAUGUUUGGAAGGGUGAUUUCGGGGUUGGUCACCACAAAAAGUAGGUCGUCCGCGUACGCUGCUACCUUGUGGUGUACUUGGCCUGUCAUCAGGCCUGUUAUGUCUGGGUUGUGGCGAAUGUGUGUAAGGAAUGGUUCCAGGGCGAGAGCGAACAGAAGCGGGGAUAGGGGGCACCCCGUCGCGUGCCGUUGUGUAUGGUAAAAGUCUCUAUCCAGCGUCGCGUGUGUGGACCCAGCCCCAUGUGGGCUAGCGUUUCGAAGAGGUAGUCCCAGCUCACUCUAUUGAAGGCAGUGGACAACAAGAGAAGGCCUCCGUCUGUGCCCCCACCUCCGUGCAUGAGUGUGAGCGCUCUGAUGGUGUUGUCGCGUGCCUCGCGUCCUGUCACAAAUCCCACCUGGUCAGGGUGGACCAGAGAUGGGAUAUGCUUGGUGAGACGCACCGCCAGGAUCUUGGCCAGUAGCUUAAUGUCGCAAUUGAUUAGCGAUAUUGGUCUGUACUUCCCGCAAUGCUCUGUCUUUGCCGUCCUUGGGUAUGAUGGUGAUAUGGGCUGUUAGGGCCUGUGUAGGGAUGUGAUUCCCAUCUCGUAUCGCUUUGAAUGCUUCCACCAUGGGUGGGUAAAGGUCCUCGGCGUAAGUCUUAUAGUAUUUUACCGGUAAGCCGUCCGGCCCCGGGCUUUUGCCCGGUUUAGUGAGUUUGACCGCUCGCGCUAGUUCCUCGAUUGUGAUGGGUUCGUCAAUAAGGUCAGCGACUUCUGCGUCUAGGGACGGUAUCGGGUAUUUAGUCAGGUAGUCAUCCCCAAUAAUUAUUUUGUACUCGGGUCAAGUGAGACUUGUGCCUUCAAGUUCUUUAUUUUCAUGGAAAUAUCCAAACUUGAAAGGAGCACUCCAAUCACCAUAACAGCUACUGCUAAAUAGAUUGUAGCACAAGCAACUUUAAAAAAAAUGUUUUAUAUCAGUUCUAUGACCAGGGAUUACACAUAUGAGAAUUCUAAAAAGAAAUCCUACGGAAGGCUUUAACAUAAUAUUAUGCAGGCACUCUGAAACCAUAGCAAGCAUUCUUGAUACCUGCUAGCCUGAGCCCAUUGUCUCUGUGUAUUUGGGAAGUGGGUGUGACUAGCCACCCCUCCCUUCCCUACUGAUGAUACAAAACCAGUCCAGACCAACACUGCAGUUACCAGGCUAGCAAGGUAGAUUCAAAACCUCCAAUUCACUAACUAGGACAUGGACUGCAGUUGCUACUUUACACCAGCCCAGUGCUUCUCGUAGAUGAGCAUCGAAUCCAGUUUUUUGGGUUGUUUUUUUUGUGAAGCAUGAGCCAUAUUAAACAUCAUGCUGUUUGUAAUGACUCAGAUUGUAAAGACCUUAAAAAAUGGAAGGUCUUAAUAAGGAAGUGCUAGAUGUGUGCUUAAGGACAAAUAGAAAUGUUUCUCAUAAGCAGCAAUCUUUAACAUUGUCUAAGGACAGCACUAUGCACCAAAACCACUGCAUUAGGAUGUACAGGGAGUGCAGAAUUAUUAGGCAAAUGAGUAUUUUGACCACAUCAUCCUCUUUAUGCAUGUUGUCUUACUCCAAGCUGUAUAGGCUCGAAAGCCUACUACCAAUUAAGCAUAUUAGGUGAUGUGCAUCUCUGUAAUGAGAAGGGGUGUGGUCUAAUGACAUCAACACCCUAUAUCAGGUGUGCAUAAUUAUUAGGCAACUUCCUUUCCUUUGGCAAAAUGGGUCAAAAGAAGGACUUGACAGGCUCAGAAAAGUCAAAAAUAGUGAGAUAUCUUGCAGAGGGAUGCAGCACUCUUAAAAUUGCAAAGCUUCUGAAGCGUGAUCAUCGAACAAUCAAGCGUUUCAUUCAAAAUAGUCAACAGGGUCGCAAGAAGCGUGUGGAAAAACCAAGGCGCAAAAUAACUGCCCAUGAACUGAGAAAAGUCAAGCGUGCAGCUGCCACGAUGCCACUUGCCACCAGUUUGGCCAUAUUUCAGAGCUGCAACAUCACUGGAGUGCCCAAAAGCACAAGGUGUGCAAUACUCAGAGACAUGGCCAAGGUAAGAAAGGCUGAAAGACGACCACCACUGAACAAGACACACAAGCUGAAACGUCAAGACUGGGCCAAGAAAUAUCUCAAGACUGAUUUUUCUAAGGUUUUAUGGACUGAUGAAAUGAGAGUGAGUCUUGAUGGGCCAGAUGGAUGGGCCCGUGGCUGGAUUGGUAAAGGGCAGAGAGCUCCAGUCCGACUCAGACGCCAGCAAGGUGGAGGUGGAGUACUGGUUUGGGCUGGUAUCAUCAAAGAUGAGCUUGUGGGGCCUUUUCGGGUUGAGGAUGGAGUCAAGCUCAACUCCCAGUCCUACUGCCAGUUCCUGGAAGACACCUUCUUCAAGCAGUGGUACAGGAAGAAGUCUGCAUCCUUCAAGAAAAACAUGAUUUUCAUGCAGGACAAUGCUCCAUCACACGCGUCCAAGUACUCCACAGCGUGGCUGGCAAGAAAGGGUAUAAAAGAAGAAAAUCUAAUGACAUGGCCUCCUUGUUCACCUGAUCUGAACCCCAUUGAGAACCUGUGGUCCAUCAUCAAAUGUGAGAUUUACAAGAAGGGAAAACAGUACACCUCUCUGAACAGUGUCUGGGAGGCUGUGGUUGCUGCUGCACGCAAUGUUGAUGGUGAACAGAUCAAAACACUGACAGAAUCCAUGGAUGGCAGGCUUUUGAGUGUCCUUGCAAAGAAAGGUGGCUAUAUUGGUCACUGAUUUGUUUUUGUUUUGUUUUUGAAUGUCAGAAAUGUAUAUUUGUGAAUGUUGAGAUGUUAUAUUGGUUUCACUGGUAAUAAUAAAUAAUUGAAAUGGGUAUAUAUUUGUUUUUUGUUAAGUUGCCUAAUAAUUAUGCACAGUAAUAGUCACCUGCACACACAGAUAUCCCCCUAACAUAGCUAUAACUAAAAACAAACUAAAAACUACUUCCAAAAAUAUUCAGCUUUGAUAUUAAUGAGUUUUUUGGGUUCAUUGAGAACAUGGUUGUUGUUCAAUAAUAAAUUUAAUCCUCAAAAAUACAACUUGCCUAAUAAUUCUGCACUCCCUGUAGUCUUUUGGAGCUUAAUGACCCUUUUAAUAAACUGUUUAGCAUAGGUGAAGGCAACCUUUUGUAGCUAAACUGUGACAGAACAAGACUUUAAAGUGUGCUAGUCUUAUUUUAUUUUUAAACAGUAUGUAUGCUGAUGUAUUUUGCUUGUUUUGUGUGUGUUUGCAUGUAGGCCUUUUGUAUUAUUUGUGCUUCAGUGAAAGGCUUUUUGUGCAACACACACACUCUCUCUCUCCCUCUCUCCUUCCAUCUCUAUUUAGUAGCACAGGGCUUGACAGAUUUGCUUGGAAUAUAGGCUUGCGUUUCAGUUUUUUUACAUUGAAAUUCGCCAGGCUGGUUAUGUUGCCUUUGAGACUGUGCGAUUAGCCCAAGAAUGAAAAUUACUCCCAUGAUGGCAUAAGAUUUGCAACAGUAGACAACCCAAGGUAUUGCAAAUGGGGUAUGUUCAGUUUUUUUUUAGUAGCCACUUAGUCACAAACACUGGCCAAAUUAGAUUUUUUUGCAUUUUUCACACACAAACAAAUAUUAAAACUAACUUUGGCCAGUGUUUGUGACUAAGUGGCUACUAAAAAAUACUGGACAUACCCCAUUUGCAAUACCUUGGGUUGUCUACUUUUGCAAAUGGUAUGCCAUCAUGGGGGUAAUUCUCAUUCCUGGGCUACCAUAUGGUCUCAAAUGCAACGUAACCAAUCUGGCAAAUUUCAAUGUGAAAAAACUGAAAAAUGUAACAUGCUAUAUUUGACCCUGCAACUUCCCAAAAUACCAUUAAACCUGUACAUAGUGGUACUGUUUUACACGUGAGUCAUCGCUGAAUACAAAUGUGUAUUUUAUUGCAGUAAAAGCAAACAGUAUUAUGACAUUCACAGUUAAAAUGUCACGUAGAACAAAUUUUUUUUUAAAAAUUCUUAUUUUCUCCCAUUUUUUAAAAUAUUUUAUUCUUAUUAAAUUAUGGUUCAUACCUAAAUAUUUGAUGUUAAAUGAAAGCCCUGUUUCUCCUGAAUAAAAUAAUAUAUAAAUAGUGUAGGUGCACAUAAUAUGAAAGAGGCGAAUUAUGCCUGAACAGACUUAUAGCGCAAAUUCAAGUUUUUGUUUGUUUUGAUCACACCGUGUACAUUUGGCUCAACCCUUAAGGGGUUAAUCAUGGAUAAUUCUACAACUCUUAUUUUACCUUCUUUUUAUACUUUGAGAUAAGAGAGAGGUCCUGAAACAUAACAUAAGUAUUUAACAUAAUAAGCAGAGAUCAUUUUAAACCAAGACAAAGAAUGUCCUUUCGUUCUGGAUUUUUCACUGUUCUGAGCGCCUUGAAAUACUGACCAUUCUUAACAGCAUCUGUUCCUGAGACAUUUUGGGUCUCCUCCAAAUUAAUUUUCAUGUGAUCCUUUUAUCUACCAGAAAGACACAUUUUCUGUCGUGUUAACCCUUUCAUGACAGGUAAGUUCCAUGAUAAGCACGAUAUAAAGUUAAAAUGCAAUUAUGGGAAAUAUAAGGUAGUUGUUUGUUGCAAGGCCUUGUUAUGUAGGGGAGUGGUCUGGUUACUGUUUGAUUUUAAAGGACCACUAUAGACACCCAGACCACUUCAGCUCAAUGAAGUUGUCUGGGUGCCAGGUACAUAUAGGAUUAAAGGACCACUAUAGUGCCAGGAAAACAGUAGUUUUCCUGGCACUAUAGUGCCCUGAGGGUGCCCCCACCCUCAGGGUCCCCCUCCCGCCCCGCUCUGGAAGGGGGAAAGUGGUAAAAACUUACCUUUUUCCAGCGCUGGGCGGAGAGCUCUCCUCCUCCGAUCCUCCUUCUCUCCUCCUCCGAUCCUCCUUCUCUCCUCCCCGUCGGCUGAAUGCGCACGCGCGGCAAGAGCUGCGCGCACAUUCAGCCUGUCGCAUAGGAAAGCAUUUACAAUGCUUUCCUGUGGACGCUUGCGUGCUCUCACUGUGAAAAUCACAGUGAGAAGCACGCAAGCGCCUCUAGUGGCUGUCAAAGAGACAGCCACUAGAGGAAAUAGGGGAAGGCUUAACCCAUUCAUAUACAUAGCAGUUUCUCUGAAACUGCUAUGUUUAUGAAAAAAUGGGUUAACCCUCGCUGGACCUGGCACCCAGACCACUUAAUUAAGCUGAAGUGGUCUGGGUGCCUAGAGUGGUCCUUUAACCCUGCCUGCUGUAAACAUAGCAGUUUCAGAGAUUUUUACAGUGAGAAGACGCCAGCAUCCAUAGGAAAGCAUUGAGAAUGCUUUCCUAUGGACUGGCUGAAUGUGCGCGUAGCUCUUGCCGCGCAUUCAGCCAAAGAGGGAGGAGAGUCCCCAGCGCCGAGGGAGCCCGGCACUGGAGAAAGGUGAGUGUUUAACCCCCUUCUUCAAACUUCAGCUCGGUGGGAUUGGGACCCUGAGGGUGGGGGCACCCUCAGGGCACUAUAGUGCCAGGAAAAUGAAUUUGUUUUCCUGGCACUAUAGUGGUCCUUUAAGGAAAAUGCCUGUCACUUCCCCCCCCACCCCCCAUGAAGACAUAACUUUUUUUUUGGACAAAUUAUAAGCUUAUUGAACAGUAUCUAAGGGGAUUUAUAUUAAAAUUGAAAAGGCUUGUACAAAAACACACCUUCGCAUAGGAAAAUAGGGGAAAAGCCUCCUCUCAGGGAUGACUCUGAUCCAUAAGAGGUACUGAAACAUAUUAGGAAGCAAAACAUAAGUUGCCUUACACCCCCCACAAAGAAAUGCUGAAUGAUGAAACGCUGUGUUUUGCCAAACGUGCACAAUAGUCUCCCAAUACUUUCCUACGGGAAAGCAUUUGGUUGUCUGAGAUCGUUAAGUUUGAGCCAGCUAUAACAGACACUGGACUUAAGGUAAAAAAUCUCAUCUUUAAUAUUAAUUAAAGGGGGACCGGAAGUCUAGAUAGUGUUUCCAUAGCUAUAGUGAGAGGAGUACAUGUUUGUGUUCCUUUAAGUAGAGGAGGUCUGGGUACCUUUAGUGCACAGCACUCCAAAACCCACAACCACUACAGCACACUGUAGCAUUUAAGGUGUGUGGAGUAUUCCCUUAAUUUGUUUUACUUGAGCCCUUGCUUUUUUCUUUUCUGUAACUCUACUUCUAUUUCUGUUUCUACUAUAUAUGUGAAAUUGUCAUCGGUCUUCCUGUACAUAGUUUGCCACUGUUCCUGGAGUGCUAGAGCUUUUUUUAGCUUAGUGUUUUUAUGUUCUGAAUAUCUUUAUAGCUUUGAAAAUAUAAUUUAUUUAUGAAGUCCUCUGUACUAUUAAGCUGUUUUUAUGUGACCAUCCCAGUUUCAAGUAACUUGAAAAUGUAGAACCUGGUGCACCCACGGUGAAUUCAUUUUGGUCUUUAAAAGGAUCCUUGUCAUAUGGGUGUGUUUAUUGCUUGGAGAGAAGUCAUUUGAACCUGAGGUGUGCUCAGUUUUACCAUCCCUGUCUUUGAACUUCGUUUUCCUUCAAAUUGGGUGUGGGGCGAUGAAAUGAACUGCUGACAUAGCGUAGAAAGUAUUAGGAAAUGGUUCACGUUUAAAGGGUCACUGCAGUGCGGAUUUACAAUACUUUGUAGACAUUAUGUAGACAAUAUGGUAAAAUAUUAUUUCUAAUGUGUUAGUUUGAAAAGAAGGCAAAACCUGAAGCAAUUACCAGCUCUCUUCCAACAAGUGAAUAACCAUUGAAUAAAACCUUUAAAAUCACUAAUGGCUUUUUCAUGAAAUGGUUCAUUUUCAUUUAAAUUUAUAUUAAAGAUUUAGCAGAUUACAUCAAAAUCCACUUUAGACAAGGCAGAGCCAACUUUGCAAAUCAAGGAAAAAAAUAGAAAUGUUCUAUAUGCUGACUGCCAGGUGCAAAGGACAAAGUUUGACAGGGAGCUAUGAUGGAGGUGCCCAGUUGCAAGGUACAGAGGUAUGAAUUACUACAUUUAAUCCAGUUUCUCAAACCUUAUAAAUACAUAUUUGUUAAAUAUAGGGACAAGUAAAUAUAAUCUUAAAAAACAUGGGAAGUGUCUGUUUCCCUUUAAUUACUUAUGAACACAUUUUAUGUAAAUCAAGGAGAUCAGGAAUAUGGAUGAUGGAAUUGCAAAUUUAUGAACAAAUGUAAAAUUAGUACUGCUAGAACAAGUUACCACUGUAUAAAUGUCAUCUGUUGACAUGAAAAAAAGCUAAUUUGCAGUUUUGAGUUAUAAAAAAUGUAAAACUACAUUUAACUGCCUUUAUUGGACCAACACGCUCUUCCCUCAUGCAUUAAAGAGUUACUCCAAUCACCUUGAUAACUUCUGCUUUUAGAAGUGGUCAUGAUGGUAGGAGUCUGGAUGUGCAGGAGUUCUGCUUGAACACUGCAAACCCAAAGUUAUUUACAAUUGUGUGCUGGAGCUAGUCACAACUCUUUCACAUGUGACCUGGCUGCCAAAUGUAAAUUCUGUGCAUAUUUCAGGUGUCAACGGAAACAGCAUUCUGUCGACGGACAUUCUCUGCUUCUCACUUUGCUGUCAAAGCUUGAGUCCACCAAUCUUCCUUAAUGGUAGUCCUCCCUCUCCCAUCUGCUAUUUUCUUUCCCGCCCUCCCUACUCCUGCACUUUCCCAUCUCUUCGCUGGCUUAAAGCACAUUCAUGCGAGCUGAGACUGUUAAAUGGUCCCAUCAAGGGCUAUGAAAAGGGGGCGUGCUGAGCAGUGCCUGGAGCCUUGCCUGGCACUGGAUUAAGGGAGGUUUAUUUAUUUAUUUGGGGUGUGGUGAAGGGUCCUAAACAGCAAUGUCCAAUAGAGUAUUAUUAAAAAUAUGAAGAAAAAAAAAAAGUUGGAGUAACAAAAUAUUUUUCUUGUACAAGACCCAGAAAUAUCUAGAAGUACAUACCUUACAGGAGCAGAGGUAAAAUUAGGUGAUGCUAGAAAAUUUUCCAAAAUACAUUUUCCACCAGUGUUCAUAGUUUCAAGUGGUUGUAAAUCUUUGUUAUUAAGUAUUUAUAUAUUCAUUGACAUACUGGUGCUCCACUGUCAAGGUAAAGACUUUAUAGAAUGGAAAUAUUGUCUAAUUUCCCCAGCUUACCAGUAUAAUGUCUUGUCUUGUGUCAUAGAAAUAUCAUGCAAUAUAAUUAGAACAAUAAGAGCCUUCUAUUACCACCCACUCUGUAACAUGCUUGAACAAUGUGCGAUUUUAAUAAGCACUUUGACGUCUGUGCUACCUUUUUUAUUCCUCUUUUAUUAAAUCUACACAAUCCUUUUUGGUCUGAAGCUGUGUUUGAAAUGACGGUUUAAUGGAACCUUUACUUGAAACAAGUCUGAUCGUGUUUUAUUGGCACUCACUCUUGCUCCUUCCAUUUAUUUAUGAACUAGACCAGUGAUGGUUAACCUUUAAAAUUCAGAUGCUGUGAACUACCUUUCCCAUGAUGCUUAGAUAGCCAGUUUCCCAUUUCACAUGCUACAUGAUGUAUGAACAUCAUGAGAGACUUUGCACAACAGCUGCAGUGCCCAAGGCUAGAUAUUGAUGAACUACAUUGCCAGAGUAUUGUGUGGUGUAAACACAAUGUACAUACACUUUUCUGCUAUUUAAGACACAUGAUCUCUCUACACCUUUCUCCAGCCAUGCAUUGUUAAAGGAACACAUUUAACAAACAUUCCUAACUCUUUUGGUUAUUACCCCACCCCCUAAACAAAUAAAAUAAUGGUCUUUCCUUACCUUUACUCCAGUGCCAGAUGUCUGUGUGACCUCCUUGGCUAAGAUUAUCAAUGGUGAUGAUCUCAGCCGAUUUAAUGCUUACCUAUAGGUAAGUACAUGUACUUUUAGGAUUUUCUAUUAAUCCCUCACAAUAAUCUGCCUUGCUUUAUGUUAAAGUAGGCAGAAAUCAUAAAAUGUCAACAGUCCCUCCAUGUUUCCCAUUGUGAGAGAUUCUGAUUUUUAUUUGUAACUGAUAAAGUCCUUAUAGAAAAUUUAAGUUCAAAUCUACUCUGCAGACUGUAAAAGCAAGUUGUGAUGUAGCAAUAAGAAAAUCAACCCCUGCAGGACGGACCCCACACUGGUUUCAGAUAUCAGCUCUACCUUUGUGAGGUCCAGUCACAUACUCGCCAAAUUGAAAGAUUUUGAUUGCAACGAUCUUACCAGCUCAGAGCGCAUGCAAACUCCGUGAGCCAGUGGGGAGUGAGGGCAUAUUUAAUAUUAAUAAUAAUGCAAAUUUUUUAGAGAGGCUGGGAUGACGCAGGAUACUUAAAGUUGCUCUAUCAUGAAAAAUAAACUUCAUCUAAUCUGUUUCUAUAUAGCUCCCUGUGUGUGAAUCUCUUUUUAAUUAUUACCUGAGCGCUCUUGUUGUCAUUAAAUAUAUAAAUAAAAAUAGGGACUACUUUUUCUCAUGUAGUCGACUAAACUUGACAAUGGGCAGAGAUUUAAGCAAGAUUAGGUUUCAGAUACCCAUUGGAUUUACCCACAAUCCAUCAGUAAACAACACAAUCUCAUAGAAGGGAAAAGAGGAGAAAGAAAUGAAGAAAAGAUAAAUGUAAAUAAAGGCAAGUGACAAAGAGGCGAAUAUAAUUAUUAAAAUACAAUUGGCAUUAGGAAAGCAAAACCAAAAGACAGGUCCCCUUUAAAUAAAUGUGGGAGGGAAGAUGCACAUUUCCCUUUGUAGUUGCUGCCUCCAAUGGAAAUGCUCAUAUGCGCUAUGUUUUCACGGAACUGAUAUUAGGCAGCCCGGAACAAAGUAAUUGUUCAACUUGUACCCAGCAACAAAAUGAAUAUACCUCUGUAUGUGUAGUGUUUCCAAGCACAAAUGCUGCACAUAUAGAUUUAUACCACCAUAACCACUUCUAAAAGCAGAAGUAGUCAUGGUGGCUGGAGUAACCCUAUGGACAAAAGCCAAUGUCAAAGAGUAAAAUUAUCUUUUUUUUUUUUUUUUUUUCGUGUCACUGUAAUUUGACCUCUCAUUCACGUAAAGUGAGGAGUGUUGGCAUCACGAUGCUCAGAGCUAGCUCAUAAUCGCUUGGAAAUCUGCUGAGUAAUGUUGAACAAGCACAUCUGUACUUAGACAUUUCUCUCAAAGUGCAUGCACCCUCGCUGGGCUUGCUCCUGAUGCACAGAACAGGUUAAAUUAAUUUACAACUUAAUAUCUUUGAGCUGCCCACACAAGAUUAAUUCUAAAUGAAAUCCAUUCAGAAUAUAAAUGUGUUUGUAUAGCCAUUAAAACAAAAAUAGUGAUUUGCAUGAAAGAUUUGUUUCUUUUUAUUAUUCGACAUGAAAAUCAACUAUUUUGUCUCUUGCACAUUAAAGGAACACUACAGCGUUAGAAAUAUAAAUCUGUAUUUCUAACUUUAUAGUGUUUCAGUCCAUAGAAUGUUUCUUGAGCUUUGAUACAGCCUUUCUUUGGUAAACUGGUAGGUUAUUUUGUUUAUUCCUUAACCAACAUUGUAAACAAAUAGGUAAUGCUGCAGCCUCAGGCGUCUAAAGACCAGGCCUAGUAUCAGCCACAAAACUGCACAGUAUUGAUGGAACUGUCAUUUAUCACUUGGUACCUCUUUGAUGUGCCACAUGAAGCCACUCUUAGUAGACGUAUUACAUUGUGAAGAACAUCACUUUGUUUUGUGGACAAUGCAGCUCUUGUCAGGGUGUCACAGGUGACCCAUCAAGUUUCUUACAUACAAAACUUUAUUUUAUUUGUACCUUUUUACUUCAGGAAUGACCAAAAUGUUGGUUUCUAACUGUUGUGGGACUGCCACUCUUAUGUUUGUUUGCCAGCCUUGAGCUACUACAAAGAGCUAACCACUCAUUCUAUGAUUCUGCCAUAUAUUGAACAUGACGUUAGCACUAUGUAUGCUAGUAUGUAUUUUUCUUCUUCUUCUUGUUUUAUGAUUGAGGGGAAUUAUAUAGGCAUUGGAUACUCCUCUUGACUGAUGUUGACUUGUGUGUGACCGUUAUAAAGGUUUCUUUGAAGUUGUCUGGGCCCAGUACUAAAAAAAAAGUCUCCAUGCCAGGCUUGUAGUGUGUGCUUUAAUACAUGCUCUCUACAUGUCAGUUAAGCAUUUACAUGCAUGCAUGAUGGUCUAUUAUGACUAAUUGGUAGGAUUAUUGAUGUCCACUAUUAAGUGCUCUAGGUUUUUUCCAAGUUCUAACUCAUUAAGGUUAAAAGCUUUUUAGAGUUGCUGUGCAUCAAGAACUAGAGAUAUUUGAUAUUUUUAUUCAACCAUGAUUUUCCCCAAUCACAUUUAGUGGACCAGCACUUAAGCACAAACUGUCUCUGUUGCUUUUUUAUUUAUAGAAAGAGGAUAUGCUGAGUGGCAUAAAUGUGGUCUUUUCAGUAAAUAUGGUUUGCACUUUAGCUGGGGAAAAACACCUGGCUCAUUGGUAAGUUUGGAAGCCAUAGUAAUUGUCUUAGAAAUGUGUGGUCCUCAAUUUGAUUACAAUGUGCUUGCUAAUGUUGGUCCCAAGUACCAAUAUUUGUCUUUCCCUAGUUACAGCUGCGAUAUAUCUGGCACUAAACUAUCAUGUUGGACUAAUUCAUGACCACAUAGACUGUCAUUCUGUCGUUAAGGGGUUAAAAAAAUGGAAUGUGAAAAUGUUUCUUUCCUGAGUCCUUAGAUCAUGAGAUGCAGAUUUAAUUGUAUUUAUUUUUUCAAAUCAUGCUAUGUAAAAGCUUCUACUUUUCCUGCUAUUUUUAAACCUUCCCAUCACUUCUUUAUUUCUGUUUUGUAUUACAUUUUAUAUGAGCUACGUUAAGUCAUAUUAAUAUAAGUGUACUUGGAUGCACAGCUACACUUGCUUUUGUUUGGUAUCAGAUUGUUUGUUGUUGUUUUUUUUUUUGUUUUUUUUUAUCGGGCCAGAAAGGAAGGCUGUCAUUACAUUACAUAUGUAAUAUUCAUAUUUGCUACCUUUGUACUAAUUGGAGAAAUGUUUAAUCCUAGCUGUUUUGGUUUGUCACUCUGCCAUGAAGGUUGUAUUCUUCCUUUGCAGAGCAGUCCAAGCAUGCAAGGGUAUUAAUUUGCAAGCCUUAAAGUGACUAUCUGAGCACCAUAAUCACUUCAGCACCUUAGUGUUUAUGGUGUUAAGUCUUUAUGUGCUACAAGCUAAAUUUUAUCUCUGGAUGGCACUGAAAUUUUAAAUUUUGAAGAAAAACAAAGCCAGUGACACAAACCCAGGGGGAAGGCACCCGUAGAUUACAAGCACCUUAACCACCACAAGGGGCUGUAGUGGUUUGUGCUGAAUGCACCUUUUAAAUUGCCUUGGCUUUAUAUAGUCCUUAUCAAUGACACACAACACACUCUGCAAUUUAAAGCAACAUUACUUGACAAUUAUUAUUUUUCAACCCGUGCGCAAACCCUUUUAAACAAAUAUACAAACUUAAAAAGAACAGGAAAAACGUAUGUAAUAAAAGUUUAUAAACAUCCUAUAAACUUGGUCAGAUUGCAUUGUUUGGCACGCCUCUCAGCUAGGGGAGUUCCUCAGCCUCCUUCCAAUCCCUUACCCAGACCGGUCCACAAUAGGCAGAAGCGUUGUGCAGCAGCAAGAAAGAGAGACCUGACACUGGAACCUACUGCAUAAAUCACACUGAUCAGACUCCUGACUGCACAUGUGUAAAUCUGUCAGGUGUGCCCAACGUACUUUUCCAGCAUUCCUAGGGAUAGGACACUGGUUAUAUCAGUAUCCUCCCGGGAGUGGGUAUGGAAAGCCUAAAAGAGUAGCAGGUAAAUUAUGUGGGGGAAAAUCAAAUUUACCUGCUUUUUUUUUUUUUUUCUGCCUGCAAAGUGAGGCAGCUGUCUCAAUCAAAGCUAAAGCUUUUGAUUGAGACAGUUGUCUAAGAGUGAUUCAUGCCCCUUUAAUAUGAGAAGUGGGCUAAAAACAAGGUUUAAAUUCAGUGCCAUGUUAUGGUAAAUUCUCUUGGUUAGUAUGGGAAUUAAAUGCUAGGGUUCAAUUCACUAAACAGUAAGUUCAUAGGUUGCCGGAUUUGUAGCUGCGUAAUAGAGAUGGGGAAAAUGAAUAAUUAUUUAAAGUCAGGGGUGUUUUGUGCAGCAAUAGACUCUGUGUCUUGCCUGUCCAAUAUCCCCCCCCCCCCUUUUUUUUUUAAACUUCCUGACCUAUAUUGACUGUAUUAGCCUGUGUCCAACAAGUGCAGACGUAGUUUGUCUUCACAAUGUUUUUUUUUUUGUAACAAUCUCCAUGACACUAGCUAGGGCUUCUGGCACUUGCCCAUGUUUUCUGUGCAGAUCAGACUUCUUUUUGGUAUUUGAUAGUUUCUUUAAAAAGAGAUUAGCUUUUCAGAGCUUCUCAUGUGUGCUUCUGUUAGAGGUUGCUAAGGCCUAUGGUAUUUAUCUGUUUGGCAUGUGUACCGAGUACUUUGGAUACAGAGUACGUUCGGUCCCCAUCUAGCUCUGAAUAUACAAAUUGCCAUAGCCACUUAUACCAGCAUUUAUCUCACUACCUCUUUAUUCCUACAGCAAAACUAGGCAGAGUUCUAAGUAAGAGUUAAUUUCAAUGUUUCAUUUGCACAUUGUUUUCUGAGCAUUAUGGCAAAUGUGGUAUACAAAUAUAUUGCGUGUUAAGGAUAGCCAUCACUCCCAUGUAGUUUUCACUUCUGUGAUUUUCAUAUUUUUGACAAAUAUAUGAAGACUGUUACAUUAAAAAAAAAAAGUGUAUAGUUAUUUAUUUUAUUUUUUUUACUUAUGGGGGGGGGGGGACAAUUCUACAAAGUGGUCACAUAAAUUACUUUAGCUAAAUAAAGCCGUUUUAGUGUAUAGAUCAUUCCCCUGCAAUUUCACUGCUCAAUUCACUGUCAUUUAGGAGUUAAAUCACUGUUUCUGUUUAUGUAGCCCUAGCCACACCUCCCCUGGCUAUGAUUAACAGUGCCUGCAUGAAAAAAACAACUUUCAAACAGAUGUAAUUUACCUUAAAUAAUUGUAUCUCAAUCUCUAAAUUGAACUUUGAUCACAUACAGGAGGCUCUUGCAGGGUCUAGCAAGCUAUUAACAUAGCAGGGGAUAAGAAAAUCUUAAUUAAACAGAACUUGCAAUAAAGAAAGCCUAAAUAGGGCUCUCUUUACAGGAAGUGUUUAUGGAAGGCUGUGCAAGUCACAUGCAGGGAGGUGUGACUAGGGUUUAUAAACAAAGGGAUUUAACUCCUAAAUGGCAGAGGAUUGAGCAGUGAGGCUGCAGGGGCAUGUUCUAUACACCAAAACUGCUUCAUUAAGCUAAAGUUGUUCAGGUGACUAUAGUGUCCCUUUAAUGUCAUUUUUUUUUUUUCCCCUCUCUCUCUCCGUUUUCUAGAACCACCGAGCUGAUCCAGAAGAGUUAUUUACGAAGCUGGAACGCAUUGGGAAGGGUUCUUUUGGAGAAGUAUUUAAAGGAAUUGAUAACCGGACUCAGCAUGUGGUUGCUAUUAAAAUUAUCGACCUGGAAGAAGCAGAGGAUGAAAUAGAAGACAUACAGCAAGAAAUAACAGUCCUUAGCCAGUGCGACAGCCCUUAUGUGACUAAAUACUAUGGAUCCUAUUUGAAGGUACUUUUCAUAUCAUGUCUCCGUGCUGGUUAACAUUACAUUUCUACUUCUGUCAAACACCAUAAUCUAUAGUAGGCUCUAUUAGACAUUUAGAAGUCUCUAGCUGCAAUUGCUACUGUUUACAUAAAGGCUUGCACAGUUUUACCUUGUGCAGUAGUUGUCAGGUGGCAGUAAGCAUUCCAUCAGUAAGUCCUUCUGCUUGCAGUAGUUGUUCAUUAUAAGCCAUACUGUAAAUGGUCUUCUAAUCACAGUAAUUGGCAGUUGGUCUCUGUAGUUUCCCUGCAACUUUCAUUACCCCCACCAAGGUACAUAAUUUAAAAUCUUAAUGUGCUAGAUUAGCCAAUAGUUCACUUGCUUUUAAAACCUGUACAUCGUUUCAUUUCAGUUUGUAGCGUUGCCUGGAAUGUCCAUAUACAAUGCCUUGCAAAUGUAUUCACCCCCCCCCCAUUGACUUUUUACCUAUUUUCUUACAUUACAGCCUUAGGUUCAAUGUUUUAUUAAUCUGAAUUUUAUGCGAUGGAUCAGAACACAGUAGUCUAAGUUGAAGUGAAAUGAGAAAAAUAUAUACAUAAAACUUUUUUUUUAGAAAUAGAAAACAGAAAAUUUGCAUGUACGUAUGUAUUCACUCCCUUUGUUAUGAAGCCCGUAAAGCGCUCUGGUGCAACCAAUUCCCUUCAGAAGUCACACAAUUAGUAAAAUGAUUUCCACCUGUGUGCAAUCGAAGUGUCACAUGAUCUGUCAUUACAUAUACACACCUUUUUUAAAAGGCCCCAGAGGCUGCAACAUGUAAGCAAGAGGCACCAAUAACCAAACACUGCCAUGGAGACCAAGGAACUCUCCAAACAAGUAAGGGACAAUGUUGUUAGGUACCAGUCAGGGUUAGGUUAUAUAAAAAUAUCCAAAUCUUUGAGUAUUCCCAGGAGCACCAUCAAAUCUAUCGUAACCAAAUGGAAAUAACAUGGCACAACCGCAAACCUGCCAAGAGACGGCCGCCCACCAAAACUCACGAACCGGGCAAGGACGUCAUUAAUCAGAGAGGCAGCACCGAGACCUAAGGUAACCCUGGAGGAGCUGCAGAGUUCCAAAGCAGAGACUGGAGUAUCUGUACAUAGGACGACAAUAAGCCGUACGCUCCACAUAGUUGCCAGAAGAAAGCCGUUAUUUUCAGUAAAAAACAAAAUGGCAUGUUUUGAGUUUGCUAAAAGGCAUGUGGGAGACUCCCAAAAUGUACAGAGGAAAGUGUUCUGGUCUGAUGAGACUAAAAUUUAACUUUUCGGCCAUCAAAGAAAACGCUAUGUCUGGCACAAACCCAACACAUCACCCAAAGAACACCAUCCCCACAGUGAAACAUGGUGGUGGCAGCAUCAUGGUGUGGGGAUGUUUUUCAGCAGCCGGGACUGGGAAACUGGUCAGAGUUGAGGGAAAGAUGGAUGGUGCUAAAUACAGGGAUAUUCUUGAGCAAAACCUGUACCACUCUGUGCGUAAUUUUAGGUUAGGACGGAGGUUCACCUUUCAGCAGGACAAUGACCGCAAACACACUGCUAAAGCAACAAUUGAGUGGUUUAAGGGUAAACAUGUAAAUGUAUUGGAAUGGCCUAGUCAAAGCCCAGACCUCAAUCCAAUAGAAAAUCCGUGGUCAGACUUAAAGAUUGCUGUUCACAAGCGCAAACCAUCCAACUUGAAGGAGCUGGAGCAGUUUUGCAAGGAGGAAUGGGCAAAAAUCCCAGUGGUAAGAUGUGGCAAGCUCAUAGAGACUUAUCCAAAGCGACUUGGAUCUGUGAUUGCCGCAAAAGGUGGCUCUACAAAGUUUUGACUUUAGGGGGGUGAAUAGUUCUGCACAUUGGCCUUUUCUGUUAUCUUGUCCUAUUUUGUUGUUUGCUUCACAAUAAUAAUAAAAACAAAACAAAAAAAACACAUCUUCAAAGUUGUGGGCAUGUUCUGUAAAUUAAAUGAUGCAAAUCCUCAAACAAUGGUAGUUCCAGGUUGUGAGGCAACAAAACACGAAAAAUGCCAAGGGGAGUGAAUACUUUUGCAAUGCACUGAAUGCUUAACCCCUUAAGGACCGAGGACGGUUCAGGACGGUCAUCGGCAUUUUUGCCUUGCCGACCGAUGACGGUCCUGAACCAUCCUAACGGUCAGAGCUACUUACCUGAUCGCCGUCGUUCCCCCGGCGGCGAUCAGCGUGGCUCCGGUUGUGGGGAGACUGUCUGCAGCCCAGACAGUCUCCCCACGGCAGAUUAGGACCCCUGUGGCCAUGUGAUCGCUUAACACAGCGAUCACAUGGUCACAAUAGGUGUCCAUGUGUCUGCCUGCAGGGGGACUGCCUGUGCUGACAGGCAGUCUCCCUGCUAGUGUAAAAUCAAAAAAAUAAAUAGUUAAUGGUAAUAAAAAAAAUAAUAAUAAUUAUAUAUGUAUAAAUAUGAUAUAUAGACAUAUAUUAUAUUUAUAUAAUAUAUGUCUAUAUAUCAUAUAUAUAUAAUGUCAUACUAAGUGUAUUUUUAUAUUAAUAUGUACUUAUAUUAAUAUAAAAAUACACUUAUAAUUAAAUUACACACGUGUAUAUAUAUAAUAUAUAUAAUAACUAUAUAUAUUGUAUAUAUAUAUUAUUAUAAAAUAUAAAUAAUAAGUAAUUUAAAUGAAUAAAAAAAUUUUAAAAUAAUAAUAAAAUUUAAAAAAAAUUAUAUAGCUAUAUGAAAUUUUAUUCUAACUGUAUUUUAAAAUUAAUAUAUAUAUAUUUAUAUCAAAAUACACUUAGAAUGAAUUUGUAUAUAUAUCUAUGUAUAUAAAAAUAAAUAAAAAUAAUAAGAAAUAUACAUACGUCCAUAUACAAAAUUACAUAAAUAAUUAUAUAAAUAUACACGUAGACUUCAAAUAUAUAAAUAUGCAUAUAUAUUUAAAUUCUACGUGCGUAUUUAUGUAAUAUUUUUACAUAAUUCAGUAAUUUUAUUGAUUGCAAUUUGAGGGACCUGCCUGCCAACCCAGGCCGAAAUUCCAGAGAAUUUAAUUUGCUAGCACUGUAUUUUACCCUGUAACGUUCUACGACACCCUAAAACCUGUACAUGGGGGGUACUGUUUUACUCGGGAGACUUCGCUGAACACAAAUAUUAGUGAUUCACAACAGUAAAACAUAUCACAGCGAUGAUAUUGUCAGUGAAAGUUACUUUUUUUGCAUUUUUCACACACAAACAGCACUUUUACUGAUGAUAUAAUUGUUGUGAUACGUUUUCCAGUUUUUAAACACUAAUAUUUGUGUUCAGCGAUGUCUCCCGAGUAAAACAGUACCCCCCAUGUACAGGUUUUAUAGCAUUUUUGAAAGUUACAAGGUCAAAUAUAUGGGUCAAAUAUUUUUACAUUGAAAAUGGCCAGGUUAGUUACGUUGCCUUUGAGAGCGUAUGGUAGCCCAGGAAUGAGAAUUACCCCCAUGAUGGCAUACCAUUUGCAAAAGAAGACAACCCAAGGUAUUGCAAAUGGGGUAUGUCCAGUCUUUUUUAGUAACCACUUGGUCACAAACACUGGCCAAAAUUAGCGUUCAAUUUAGUUUUUUUACUUUUUUCACACACAAACAAAUAUGAAUGCUUACUUUGGCCAGUGUUUUCGACUAAGUGGCUACUAAAAAAGACUGGACAUACCCCAUAUUGAAUACCCUGGGUUGUCUACUUUAAAAAAAAUAUGUAGAUGUGGGGUGUUAUUCAGAGAUUUAUGACAGAUAAUAGUGUUACAAUGUCACUAUUGAUAAAUUUUAAAAAUGCAUGUUUUUAAACCGCAAUAUCCUACUUGUACCUAUAGCCCUAUAACAUGCAAAAAAAGCAAAAAAGCACGUAAACACUAGGUAUUUUUAAACUCAGGACAAAAUUUUUAAUCUAUUUAGCAGUUUUUUUCAUUCGCUUUUGUAGAUGAGUAAAAGAUUUUUCAAGUAAAAGUCAAAAAACAUGUAUUUUUUUCAAUUUUUCAUCAGAUAUUUGUAUUUUUUUUAAAUUAAAAUACAUGAGAUUAUAUAAAUAAUGGUAUGUAAAGAAAGCCCAUUUUGUCCUGAAAAAAACAAUAUAUAAUUUGUAUGGGAACAGUAAAUGAGAAAGCGGAAAAUUACAGCCAAACACAAACACCACAAAAGUGUAAAAAUAUUCCUGGUCGCAAAUGUACAACAUCGCAAAAACAGUCCAGUCCUUAAGGGGUUAAAUACAUUGUGUAUAUGUGUAUUCGGUGUUCUGAAGUGUUUUUGUGGAAUUUCUGGUUGUCACAGGAGUUUGUGUGCAAGGAGGUGGCACUGUGCAGACAGUGUGCAUGAAGCCUUUAUCACUUCUGUAGCAUUUUAGUUUCCUUCCUAGGUAUUCUCUUACUUGCCUCUUAUUUUCCACCUGGGGUGAUUCAGCCCACGAAUGUCCAUCAGUGCACAAUGUACCUGUGCUAGUUCCAGUAAGCAGUGUUGUCUUUGAAUUGUUUGCAUUGUAAUGAUUCAGAGUGGGUUUGACAUCACACAACUCAGCACAAGCCAUGAGUGAGCAUAAUGCAGUUGUACCUCUUUCUGGCAUAAGGGUUGUGUAGCGUCCAAUUACUUGCUAAAGUUAAGUGUAACGAAUGUAAUAGCAUUGUAAAAUGCAAAUUUUGGCCCAUAUUCAAAACACAUAGGCUGUCUGUCCCACAAUUAUGGUGUCUGAAUCAUCCCGGAGAGUGUAGUUCAACUCUGGCAUCAUAUUAGACACUAGUUCCUUUCACUAAAAGUUAAAGCUUACAAUGGUCACCUUUGUACGAUUAGCUAAAUUUAGCUAGACAUUUAAUUAAUUCUAGAAUUUCCUUGUAUUAAAAGAAGAAAACCACAUUUGGAAAGAUUGACAUGUUUACCUUUAGUUCAGCUAUAUUACACUUUUAUAUUUUUUUACAUUUGAUGAGCAGUUUUGAUUAAAAAAAUAAAUAAAAGAAAAGAAAGUUAAUGUUGGACUAAUCUGUGUUUUUGAUACCUUUUUUUGUGUUUUGUUGCGUUUUAUUUCUCAGUGGCUGACAUGUGCCUCUCCCAUACUCCACUAAAGCCUAAAUCUAUUUUUAGACCACUAUUUUUUUUAUUUUUUUUCCUUCCUGCAGCAACAAACCACACUAGCUGGAGCCAUGUAAUGCUUUUAACACUCUCCUUAUAUUAGCUUGUUUAACUCCUAUAGGACCACUGUCUGUUAAAAACAAAAUAUUCAGACCUGUUUUUAAAUGUUUUGCAUUUCCCUGCAGGGCUCUACAGACCUGCUGAUGUUAAAUAGGUAGGACAUUUCAACUUGCCAAAUGGUCUGCAUGGCCCAGCUAAGUCAUGAUAGCCAGGAAUGUAAUUUGUCUAGGCAUGAAUGAGUGUUAUGACAAGUGCACCUAUCUCAUACCAGGAAGAGACACCACCAAUCAAAAGCCUUCUAAUUAUGGGCUAUGGAGGUUUUUUUGUCCUAUAAACCAGUGUCCAGGAAGGGUUUAUUUUAGUCUAGCUCACUUCUGAGCUAUUGUGUGCCCUUCAUAUCAUUGACGAAGUCACUAAGCUGUAAAAUUUAAAAGUUAUGUACAUCAGAUGCAAUGAAAAAAAGCUAGGAGACAACCAGGUAUGGCUUAGAGAAACUCCAUAUUUCCCAUUUAAAAAGAGAGAAUGCCCCAAUGAUUUACUGUAAAAAGGAUUUAGGUUAGAAUACUUCUCCCUAUAUAUUAUAUUAGAACAUUGAAGGCAUUCUUUUGAUGAAUUGUCUGUAAAUCUGUGGAAAUGCACUGAAUUGCUCCAUGUCAAAAUUAUUUCAAGAACAUUAUAUACAAUGUGUGUGUGUGUAUAUAUAUAUAUAUAUGUGUGUGUGUGUAUAUAUACAUUGACUAUCUGACUUGAGAAUGAAUGCAACAUUUUAAAAAUGCAGUCCUCACGUAAGGGAUAAAUGCAAUUAAUGUACACUGCAUUCUUUUAUGGUAUGAACUUAUUUUCUUACAGGGCACAAAGCUGUGGAUCAUAAUGGAAUAUUUAGGCGGCGGGUCUGCCUUAGAUCUAGUAAGUACAAUGGACUUAAAUGUUACCCUCACCCACUCCCUUUUCAAUCCCUGUCUGAUAUAUCUGUAUUCCAUCAUUCUCUUCAUCCUUCAUCACGUCCAACCCUGCACAUAAUUGAGAAAGAUUUAAGCAGAUAACAGGAUACAUUUAAAGGAAAAUAAAAUCAAAGAUUCUUGUUGUUUUAGGAAAAGCAUUUGGCUGUCAAAAUUGGACAUAGUUUAGUUUCUUCAUUGCUCUAUAUGACCGCAAUAUAGAAAACACCAGGGAAUAAAUUACUUUUAGAACUAAAGUAUUAAAUAUACCAGCCCCAAAGUGUAUUAAAAAAGGUUGUUGUCACAAAAGUAAAUACAAAUGUAAAUAAAACCUAUAUUGUAUAAAAUAUAUAACAUAACAGAAGCAGAGUACCAUAAAUGCAAACAGGUAAAUAUAUAUGCUCACGCUAAGGUUGUAACACUUCAUAUGGCAUUAAGCUUGCAUAAAUGUAAUCAACAGUAAAUAAAAAAGACACAGAGAAGACUCAGCCCUUGAUAUAUGAUUAGUUAAACAAGGGUAGGGCCAGCUGCCCAAACUCUUCUAUUGUUUUCAAUGGGAACAGAAAAUGAUAAUUCCACUUGAACUUGUAUAUGUAAAAUGGUGAAAAUGGCAGUAUUCCAAAUAGCCAGAUAAAUCCCAGAAUCUAGGAUAUGAGGUGACCCAAUCCGGUGACACUUUUGGAUGUACUGCUCUGCUAAUAAUACACAGCUGGCCAAUAACUAAAGAGAACUUGCUGAUGACUGUACCUGCUGGUAUAAUAGGAAGCUUCCUCCUAAUGAUCCGUUCUCUGUAAUCGCUACAGUGGCAGCUUCCACAGGCAAAACAGCAUUCCGCAAAUAAAGAAAGGUGCCUUUAGCGUACUUCACUUUCAAACGUUUACACGUUGAAAGCAAUACACUUGAUUUGUGCCUAAUAUGAUUUUUUUCGCAACAGUCUUGAAAAAGUCCAAGUUGGACGAAACGCAUAGAUGUUUGGAAAUGAAGUACGCCAAUGGCACCUUUGUUCAUGUGGAACAACAUUGUCUGUGGGAGCUGCAGCUGUAACUUGCAUAGAGAAUGGAUCGUUAGGAGGAAGCGACUCCACUUACUAUUAUACCAGCAUUUACAUUCAAUGCCAAUUGUCUAUUUUCAAGUUUUGGCAUGUUUAACCUCUGAUAAUAAAAUACCGUAUGGAGUAUUACAUCCUUGGCAUUACCAUAUAUUUAUCUGUUUGCAUUAUUUUUAGAACACCAAAAUAAUAAAAACUAAUAGUGAUAAAUACUUGAAGUGGCACUGUGAUAGGCUGAAUUCGGUCAGCUAACAUUCUCAGCCAAUCACUUCCUUCCUUCUGUGCUGCUCAGGCGAAUGGAAUGCUUCCUCAAUUUUCCAAGCAGCACAGAUGGGAUGGACUGCUGGGACUCUUGUUUACCAAGAAAAUGGUUUAAUGUCCAAGUGGACUCCAGACACUAUAACCACUUCAGUGAGAUGAAGAGGUUAUGGUGCUUGUAGUAUCACAACCCUUGCAUCAGGUCUGGAAGCGUUAUUCACCAUUUUUUAUUUAUUUUUUAUUCAUCCUAUUUUUUGUCUACUUUUCCUACAAUAGGGCAUUUUCUGGCCUUGUAGCACUUUUAAAUACAUACAGCAAAAUGUAGAUACAUUUGAUUUGGAGAAACCCUACUAUAGUCACAACAUGGCUUUUUAAAGAGGAAGUGUCACAUGCAAAAUGUUAAAAUUAUGUUUACUUAUCCUUGUAUUUAACAAAUCUGUAUUUGUCAGCGCUGAAAAAUAAAAUAUGUAGAAAUCCACACCUCUGUAUUCAGCAAAUGGGCACCACCUCUUGGCUCGCUGCAGUCAUAUUUAUAAUCUGUCCUUUGCUCCUGGCAGUCAGCGAAGAGGAGAAAUGAAACCAUGUUUCUAUUAUUAUUUUUUUUUUUUCGUAUGCAAUGUUUGCCUUGACUUUGCUUUGAUUGAACUGAAUUGUGAUGUGUUUUGCAAAAUCUUCAAAUAUGAAGACUAUGACUUAAUUCCUAAAUGAGCGAAUUGGGUAGGACAUAUAAGUGCUUAUAUACUAAAUGCCGGAUAGGAGCAAACUGAAAUGGCAUUUUUAAGGCUUAAAGAGGAACUGUUACCUCUCUGGAGAUUGCACAAUUCAAUUAAACAUUGAAAUUCAACUUUGACUUUUGUUUGUUUAUUUUUUUACAUCUCUAUACAGGUAUUGAAAUGUCCACUGGUGUGUAAUCAUUACAGGUUAACUGAACACACAUAAAGCGCUUCAGCGUGCUGAAUUUUAUUAGGUGUAUGAAGUAAUUCAUUUUAAUUCCACUUUAUAAAAGGGCCUAUUACAGUAGAAAGUCUGUUAAGAAACGCCUCUUGCUGUUCAAACCGCUAGGGCUGUUCUCUUCCUCUUCCUAUAGCUCCAAUGAGCGAAAGGAAGUGGCAGAUGCGCUCUACUAGAACACGCCUACCACUGCUUUCCCCCAAGUCACAGUAGGUGAGCAUGUGUUAACUGGACUCGUACCUUGUGUUCCCAGCUCUCUCAAGCUCCACCUUUGCAGCACUUGUAGCUGAGAAUCAAAGGGCUUCUCAAUGAGGCUUCUCAGUUUGUGCUUUGGAAAAAGUUUGGACGGUUUGCAAAUGCUACAGACAAUAUUUAGAUAUACCCCAUUCAGGGGUCUGAAUUUUCACUUGACACUGGCUGGUGAAACUGUAGGCCUGAAGAGUACAAAUUUACCCCAUGUGAAUGUUCCAUGCUCUCUCCUGGCUUGCAGUGGUGAGUAACUUUUAAGGCCAGGCUAGUAGCAUAGAAUUAGAAAUUUUAAGCUCUGCCCCAAUAACAAAAUGCAUAUCUAAAUGCAUGCAUGAUUUUAUUUGGGAUACAUCUGCUAAAUAGUGAUGUUAUAUGUUUAAUUUUUAUUGCAGAUUGUUCCUUUAAAAUAAACAGUUAUGGCUUUCCAAAUUCUUGUCUUUGUGUUGACUGGUCUAGACUUGUGACACAGUCCACACCUAGUUACAAGUAACAAGGAAUUUAAUCCACUCUCUUUUUCGAGAUAAUCUUAUGAAAACCGACAACACAUUUGAUUUUAGCGAUGGUGAUGGAUCUCUAUAAAGUUACUAUUUAAUGUGUUCUUAGGAGCCAUCGCAGUGUCGUCAUGCUUUGACGUGUCUGCAAAUGGAAGAAACUGGAGAUAAACACAAAGCAGCUUUUCAUUGACUAUUUCCAUACCUAAAAACCAUAAACUUGCAGAACAUAAGUGUGUGUGUUUGGAUUUGAAUAGGCAACCUUUUACAGUUCUAUAAAUGUUCUGCCAAUAUUUUCAAUUUUUUUUAAAGACUGGAAAGGAAACUAAACUAAAUUAAGUUUACAGUUGGUUGUAUGAGAUCCUUUUCCAUGGGUUGUACCCAACAUACCUGCAUGAAAUAAAGAGCCUCUUUCACACCAUGAAUGCUUCCAACGUGUUCUGUUGGUGAAAUGGCAUGCUAUAAUUUCCUGCCUCACACACUAAUUGGUGUUAAGUCUAGCUGCAUCUAUUUUCAAUAGCGUCUUUCUUUGAUCAAUGUGUACAUCAUUCAUAAGAGGCCAAAAAUGGCAAAGAUUGGAUUUUCAUGCAUGUUUUUCAUCCAUUUGCAUUAACCUAAGUAAGCUUUUCUCUCUCUCUUUUUUUUUUUUUUUUUCCCCCCCUGUGUAAUCACUCCUCUUUUAGCUGUGUAUUUCACUUUGUCACUCUGCUGAUAAAAGCCUAACCAUUUAAAGAAAAACCUUUGCCCCUGGCUGUUUUCUUUUGACAUGUAAAAACAUAUAUAUAUUUUUUUUUUGUUAGUAGCUUUUAUCUAGAUCUUAGUUGUACUGAUACAUUCCGGUGUUCAUAUGAAAAGAUAUUAAUAGUAUAUAGGUCAGGUUGAAAUUCUAAGCAAAGUCCAGCCAUACUAGGGUAUUAUAAACACUACUUUCUAAACUGGCAUUUUGUUACACAGUAAUUAGGCUGAAGAAAUGAAUGACCUCAGUCCUUUAAAGGGACACUAUAGUCACCAAAUCAUCUUUAGCUUAAUCACUGUUUGUGUAUAGAUCAUGCCCCUACAGUCUCACUGCUCAAUUCUCUGCCAUUUAAGAGUUAAAUCACUUUUGUUACCGUUUAGCCCUAGCCACACCUCCCUUGGCUGUGACUGACACAGCCUGCAUGAAAGCAAAAUGGUUUCCUUUUAAAUCAGAUGCAACUUACAUUUUAAAUGUCUUUAUCUCCUGCUCUGUAAUUUGAUCUUUAAUUGCACACAGGAGAUUCCUGCAGGUUCUACCAAACUAUUAACAGAGCAGUAGAUAAGAGAUUCUAAAUUAAAUUUAGAAUAAAUGAAGUGUAAACAUUAUAUGACUCUUUAAAGUAAGCAUUUAGGAAGGCUGUGCAAGUCACAUGCAGGGAGGUGUGCCUAGGGCUGCAUAAACACAGUGAAUUAAAUCCUAAAUGGCAGAGAAUUGAACAGUGAGGCUGCAGGGGCAUGAUUUAUAUACCAACAUUGCUCUAUAAAGCUAAAGUUGUUUUGGUGACUAUUGUGUCCCUUUAAGUGUUAUGUUUUUAAACUUUUGAAAGCCAGGCAUGUAAGUAGUGCCCAAACUGCAUUAUGACAAUACAUAAAGCCCCUUAAGGACCGCUGUCGAUUUAGGACAGUCGUCGGAAAAAUACCCGCGAGGACCGGUGACGGUCCUGAACCGUCAUAACGGUAAUAUUUACUGACCUGAUCGCCACCGCUCCUAGUGUGGGGGGACUGCCUGAUAGCCCAGACAGUCCCCUCUCGGCGAAUUAGGUUUCCGCGGCCAUGUGAUCGCUCUAACAGAGCGGUCACAUGGCCACAAUAGGCGUCCAAGUAUCUUGCUGCAGGGAGACUGCCUGUGCUGACAGGCAGUCUCCCUGCAUGUGGUAAAAAAUAAAAAAAUAAAAAAAAGUUAAAGAAUAAAAAUAUAAGUGUGUGUGUGUGUAUAUAUUAUGCAUAUAUUAAUAUAAAAAUACACUCAGAAUUAAAUUACACGUAUGUGUAUAUGCACAUAUAAUACAUAUGUGUGUGUGUGUGUGUGUAUGUAUGUAUAUAUAUAUAUAUGUGUGUGUAUAUAUGUGUGUGUGUGUGUGUGUGUGUAUGUAUAUAUAUAUAUAUAUAUAUAUAUAUAUAUAUAUAUAUAUAUAUAUAUAUGUAAAAAAACAGAUAAAAUUCUUAUCUUGUAAUACCUUUUUUAUUGGACUAACAGAAUUUUUUAAUGACAAGCUUUCGGGAGAACCUCCCUUUCUCAAGUCUGAAGCAUUUCUGAGCAAAACAACACAUAGAAUUCAAAGUUGAGUUGUGAUACAGGGGUUAAAGCGACAUGAGUGCAGAUAAGACACAGGUUUGUUAGAAAAUAGACACCAUCUUAGCAGAGGGUCAUAAAUAUCUUGUUGAAGAGCAGAGUGAGGGGGGAGAGAGGGAAAAGAUGAAACAAGCAGACAGGAUAACCCUGUAUCACAACUCAACUUUGAAUUCUAUGUAUACGUUUUGCUCAGAAAUGCUUUAGACUCGAGAAAAGUUCUCCCGAAAGCUUGUCAUUAACAAAUCCUGUUAGUCCAAUAAAAAAGGUAUUGCAUCUGUUUUUUUUACAUCUACAUCACUGGACUAAUACGGCUACAAUCUCUACUUGAACUAUAUAUCUAUAUGCUGCAUCUAAAUGAGAUAUAUAUAUAUAAUUAUAUAAUAAAUCCCUGCACUCCAACCAAAAAAGUUAUUUAAAAAUUACCCGGUGCUCUGGUUGCUCAAUAAUAGAUAUAUAAUAUAGUGUGUGUGUGUGUGUGUGUGUGUGUGUAUAUAUGGCAAAUAUUGGAUUUACAUGCAUAUAUAAAUAGAAAUGUGAAAAAGUCUGGACAUACCCCAUAUUGAAUACCCUGGGUUGUCUACUUUAAAAAAUAUGUACAUGUGAAGUGUGAUUCAAAGAUUUGAUAGAUAAGUGUUACAAUGUCACUAUUGAUAAACUUUAAAAAUAUAUAUAUUUUGAAAGCGCAAUGUCCUACUUGUACUUAUAGCCCUAUAACUUGCAAAACAGCAUGUAAACACUGGGUAUUUUUAAACUCAGGACAACAUUUUUAAUCUAUUUAGCAGUUUUAUUUUUCAUUAGCUUUUGUAGAUAAGUAAAAAACUUUUCAAGUAAAAGUCAAAAACCAUGUUUUUUUUCUCGAUUUUUCACUAUAAUUUUUUUUUAGUAAAUUAUGACAUGAUACAAAUAAUGGUAUGUAAAGAAAGCCCUUCUUGUCCUGAAAAAACCCAAUAUAUAGCUUGUGUGUGAACAGUAAAUCAGCGAGAGGAAAAUUACAGUUAAUCACAAACAACAAAAAGUGUUAAAACCGCUCUAGUCCUUAACAUACAACAUGGCCAAAACAGUCCGGUCCUGAAGGGGUUAAACUAUUUUCCACCAAAAGGUUCUGGCUGUUUUCUGUUUGAAGUUCCACAAUUGAAUAAAUAUGUACUAAAAUAGUAUAUUGAAAAGUAAUUGAAAGUGAACCUAUGCUAACGACGACUUACAAAACCACUCUAGAUUUAUUUAGUUAUCAAAAAUAAAAAAUAUCGCUGGCCAUGCCAAUGAACCUGCUAUUAAAAUACAAUUGGCUACCACCUCCUGCUGGCAGCCAAGACCAGCAUAGUCAGCCACUUGAAGAGACGAGAGCCCCCCACGCUAAGGGAGGUGAGGGAUAGCAUGCACUCGACUCACGACUUUGAACGUAUGGCGUACAGAUUGAAAGGGCAGGAACAUAAACACACCAAACUAUGAGAGUGCUGGGUGCAACUGGCUUCCCCGGGGGACGGGGGCACGUAAAUUAUCUGAUAUAUAUAGAGAAGGCCAGAUAACGGUACUUAGACACAAGGGAAUAUACACCUAACUAUCAGGUAUACCAAACGUCCCCAACAAGUUUAAGAUCAGUGUGCCUGGUCAACUGUGAUCUACCAUAUGUUUAUUGCCUGUCAUAUGUGACGUAACUGUACACAAUGCAAUAUGUUUUGUAUAAUUGUUCAUUGAUGAUGCACUGUCCCCCCCACCCCCUUUCCUUUCUGUAUCCUCAUUGAAAUCCACAUUUAACUUGAAAACAUGUAUAUCACUGGAAAAAUCUCAAUAAAAACAAGAUGUUGGGGAAAAAAUUCAGUUGGCUACCUGCUAUUAAAAUUCAUUUGGUUACCUGCUAUUAAAAUUCAGUUGGCUACCUGCUGUUAAAAUGCAGUUGGCUACCUGCUGUUAAGAUGCACUUGGCUACCUGCUGUUAAGAUGCACUUGGCUACCUGCUGUUAGGAUGCACGUGGCUACCUGCUGUUAGGAUGCACUUGGCUACCUGCUGUUAGGAUGCACUUGGCUACCUGCUGUUAGGAUGCACUUGGCUACCUGCUGUUAGGAUGCACUUGGCUACCUGCUGUUAGGAUGCACUUGGCUACCUGCUGUUAGGAUGCACUUGGCUACCUGCUGUUAGGAUGCACUUGGCUACCUGCUGUUAGGAUGCACUUGGCUACCUGCUGUUAAGAUGCACUUGGCUACCUGCUGUUAAGAUGCACUUGGCUACCUGCUGUUAGGAUGCACUUGGCUACCUGCUGUUAGGAUGCACUUGGCUACCUGCUGUUAGGAUGCACUUGGCUACCUGCUGUUAGGAUGCACUUGGCUACCUGCUGUUAGGAUGCACUUGGCUACCUGCUGUUAGGAUGCACUUGGCUACCUGCUGUUAGGAUGCACUUGGCUACCUGCUGUUAGGAUGCACUUGGCUACCUGCUGUUAGGAUGCACUUGGCUACCUGCUGUUAGGAUGCACUUGGCUACCUGCUGUUAGGAUGCACUUGGCUACCUGCUGUUAGGAUGCACUUGGCUACCUGCUGUUAGGAUGCACUUAGUAUUUAUAAAUCUUGAACACUAUACCCAUCCUGUCUGCAACACUAUAUUUUGCUCCAGUGAUAACAUUUAUAACCAUACAGCAUCCCUAUGUAGUUUAUUACACAAUGUUUUAUCAUUAAAUGACCACUAUAGGCACCCAGACCACUUCAGCUUAAUAAAGUGGUCUGGGUGCCAAGUCCAUCUAGGAUUAACCCUUUCUGCUGUAAACAUAGCAGUUUCAGAGAAACUGCUAUGUUUACUUUAGGAUUAAUCCAGCCUCUAGCGUCUGUCUCACUGACAGCCGCUAGAGGCGCUUCUCACUGUGAUUUUCACAGUGUGAAGACGCCAGCACCCAUAGGAAAGCAUUGUGAAUGCUUUCCUAUGAGACUGGCUGAAUGCGCGCGCCGCUCUUGCCGCGCAUGCACAUUCAGCCGAUGAUAUGAGAAGAGGUAGGAGAGUCCAGCGCCGAGGGAGCCCGGCUGUGGAAAAAAGGUAAGGGAUUAACCCCUUCCUCCCCCUUCAGCGCAGUAGGAAUGGGACCCUGAGGGUGGUGGCACCCUCAGGGCACUAUAGUGCCAGAAAAGUUUGUUUUCCUGGCACUAUAGUGGUCCUUUAAGAAAUAGUACCCUUUCCCACUCCAUUUACAGAAAGAGAACAUGAGAACGGAAUGCUCAAUUUCACCUGUAACAAACAUGUCCCUGGUAUAAAGCGAUACUAAACUGUAUAAAUAGUAUCGCUUUAUCUCAGGGACAUGUUUAUUAUAGUUUAAUGGUUUUAAAGCAAUAAAUGACUAUAUACUGAAUAUCAUACAUUAUUUUAUUUUUAAAUUUCCAUAGAAUUUACCCUUUUAGAAGUAUAGCUGCUCCCCUAGGGCAAUAAUGUACAGAUUUUCUGACAGUAACUGUUCUUUCUUUUUUACAGCUGCGUGUUGGUCCAUUUGAUGAAUUUCAGAUUGCUACCAUGUUGAAAGAAAUCCUGAAAGGUCUAGAUUAUCUUCACUCUGAGAAUAAAAUCCACAGGGACAUCAAAGGUUAGAAGAAUAACAUUUUAUGAUCUGUUUACCCCCUGACUAGUAGUCGGUGCACAUUCCAAAUCUUGCUCUGUUCUGUGUUCCAGCUGCCAAUGUCCUGCUUUCAGAACAAGGAGAUGUAAAACUGGCUGACUUUGGAGUUGCUGGACAACUUACAGAUACACAAAUUAAACGAAACACAUUUGUUGGCACACCUUUCUGGAUGGCUCCAGAGGUCAUACAGCAGUCUGCCUAUGAUUCUAAGGUGAGCUUCUUGUUCCUCUGCAUAUUGUUAUCCCAUUAGAGAACUGCUAUUCUGCAACUAGCUCCCUCAGCACACAAUUAGCAAUAACUCUGUAUGUGCAGCCUUUUAAAGCUUAAACACUGCACAUACUCUUACCACAUGACAACUUUAAAUCACUGAAGUGGUCAUGGUUGUUGGAGUAACCCUUUAAUUUUAUGUUGCUAAUAAGUAUAGGUAGUCCUGUAGACCAAGCAUGUCAAACUCGCGGACCGCAUGCAGCACACAAGGACCAUCUUUGCGGCCCGGCGAGCCGGGAGUACAUGCUGGUGUUAUAGCAGAGUAGGCCAUUUACCCGGCCGGGGAGAAGGGCCAGAGAGGGAGCUCAGUGUUCCUGUUCCUCAAUGCUCCCUUGCGCGCACCGAAAUAAGUGAAGCCAGGCGCCCGAAUAUGACGUCAUAUUCCGGCACCCGGCAUCACUGAACCGCGUGAGGAGCAGGAAGGACCCCAGGGAGAUGCCCCACGUCGGCUCCAUAACGUAGGGAACAAUAAAGAAAAGUGUGUGUGUGUGUGUGUGUGUUUGUGUGUCCCACAUAAACUUAAACCUUGUUUAUGUGGCCCGUGCCAGACUUUGAGUUUGACAUGCUUGCUGUAGACUAAUUUAAAAUGCCAUGUGUACCUUUAUCAGGUUUUGUUCACCAAAUGUAACUUGUACUUUGCAACAUUAAAUAAAUUGAUCUGUGUAGGACAUAUUGUUUUAUUCAAAGUAAAAUUUUGGAACUAGAUUAUUAUAAAGGAGAGCCACAUAGUUGUUUAGAACAUACAGAGUUUAUUAUCACUGACACAUUAAAAACAUGCUUUAGGCAUCUUAGAAAGCAGCAGCACAAUUAGACAUUUCCCAGAAGGCAGUGGAAUUAUAUGUCUAGCAUUAUAGUAAUUGUUUUGAUGAAACCAUUUUCUCCAAUUGUUUUGCUCGUGUCUUGCUUAACCCCUUUGCUAUUUCUCCUUUGUGUUACAUUCUUUAAAUAGAGGUCUGUAGCAGUUUAUUCACCUUCUGUGAAGCUACAUAGGGAAGCAGAUUUAAGUGGAAUUUAUGCAAUAUUUUCUUUCAUCUAGCUGUUCAUCUUAACGUCCACAGUGUCAACAUGCUAUUUUAUUGUAUUUCCUUUGGUUAGAGUGGGCACGUCACCAUGUUUUUCUGCAGUAGCACAGCAUUCCCGAGUGCAUUGGUGAUUAUUUUGAUACUGAAAUUAGUGUAAUGAAAGCAUUUUGUAAAAUCAGUUUUAACAUACUUUAUAAUUGAAGGAUUGAUCAUUCAGUUUUGUCUAAAAUAUGAGUGAAUAUAAGAUCCUCCUUAGAUAUCAAACUUGGUAAUGCUAUUGGAUAACAAGAUAAAAUUAUGUAAAACACUAUAGACACACUCACAGAUCAUUAAUGCUAUAAUAUAUAAUUGAGGUUUGGGGUACUAAAGUAAACAAUGGGGGGACAUUUCACAAUUGUUAAACUUUGCCAUUAUUCUGAUUUGUAUUUAUUAAGGUCUUCUAAAAGAGAUAUAAAAAGUGAUGGUUUCUUUUAUGGUAAUAUCUGCCAGUUUUUCUGUAGUAAUUUAAAUUUCAGAACACCACCAAAGUUAUAGUGGCGAGUAAAAGAGAAGUGCAACUUAAAGGAACACUACAGGGUCAGGAACACAAACCUGUAUUUCUGACCCUAAAGUGUUUAACACCAUUUAGCCCCCCUGGCUUCCCUUGCCCACUAAAUAUAGUAAAAUCUUACUUGUAUUGAAGUCUGCACUUCUGGCUCUGCCCCUGAACUGCCUGCUGUCUGCUGACAUCAUCAGAAGUAAUUUUGUGAGCCAAUCUCAAUGCUUCCCCAUUUUCGGAUAAAUUGUGUAUAUACGAAAAUGUCAAGGUGCAAAAAAGAAGCAGAUGACAAAAUACAGCACAUUUAAGUCUUACGGUGAAUAUUUGGUGCACUGUAUUAAGUGUCAUCAAACCCUUUAUCAUGUCACAUAAUAAGGGAAUAGACUUUGGGUAUAUCCUAUAAAUCAUUUCAUGGUAGGUUAAAAAUAUCUUGCAGUAGCAAGAGCGUACGUAGUUCCACGUGUGUGUGUAUAUAUAUAUAUAUAUAUAUAUUGAUGUAUUUAUGCACUAUACCAUUUUUGUUUUAGGCUGAUAUUUGGUCUCUGGGAAUUACUGCAAUUGAACUUGCCAAAGGCGAGCCCCCAAAUUCUGAUAUGCAUCCCAUGAGGGUCCUGUUUCUCAUCCCGAAAAACAACCCACCUACUUUAACUGGAGACUUUAGUAAACCAUUCAAAGAGUUUAUUGAUGCCUGCUUAAAUAAGGAUCCCACGUUUGUAAGUAUUAUUGCAUAUUGAUUUCUUUUUGUGUAGUGGGGGGAGGUUUUUUUUUCAUAUAAGCACAUCAGGCUUCUGCAGAAGUAGCUGAAACCAGUGAGCCAACCCUGGACAUUUCAUUCCUGUAGUGAGCUUUAGAGCAUCCUGUGGUGCAUAUGGUUUUUGUUUAGCAUUUUAACAGAAGUAGUUCACCUGGCAUUAAAGGAACUGUCCAAGCACUGGCACUCAUCCUUCCUACACUGUAAGUAGUAAAAUUGUCUUAUCUACUUACUUGGAGUCUGCCAGUUGCUGCUCCCUGCCUUCACUACUUCAGAGAGCAGGAAGCUCCUGCUUUGGAACUCCAUUAACUGCUUACUCCAAGCACCCUGACCACUUAAAUUAUUUUAACUGGUCAUGGUUCCUGAAGUAUGUAUGUGCAGCACCAUAACCACUACAGUGUGCAGGUUUAUCGUUGCAUCUUAAGUGUCUGUAGUGCUCCUUUAAGGUGAACCUGUCACUCCUGGUUCAACAUUCGAUAAAACGGCCCCCAAGGUAGUAAAUCUAUAUCUUUCUAUUUACUACGGACAUGCUUCUCUCUCCUGUGCUGUUGUUCCUGGAGAGUCUGUGGGUGUUACUCUGUUGUAGCAACCACUCUAUGCUGCUUUCCCAUCCCUGUAGUAAUUGAUACUGCUUGAAGACACUUGCAAGGCAGUUCUUACUGAUAAAGCAGACGUGUUGACUUUAUUCAUUAUAUCAGAACAACCUACACUUGCCCUGCAGUAUGAUAAAUGCUUGCAGGGGGAGCAGCACUGUGACAGAGAAUUUUCGGACCAACGGUUCUCUUUCUAACAUUGAAGGUCUAAUGCCAAGGAUUAAUUGACAGCUUGGCAGGCACCAUAUUAACCGCAUUAAAUGAUCAUAUAUGCUUUUGCUAGCACAUUGUAUGUAUGAAAUGCUUUUUAAUCUCAUAUAUGCUUUAAUUAGCAAGGUGUUCUUUUGUCUUAUUUUUUUGUUUUUUUUCCCCUCUUUUCUUUUAUAAUAUGUUGACAAAUAUGCUUUUCAAAACCUAAAAUAGGUCCACUAUGUGUGAAAAUUUUGUUUGAAUGGUUUUUAGUUUGUUAAAUGAUAUGUCAAAGCCUAUGAAUUGGCUGCAUACAAAGGUCCACAUUGUGAACCGUUAGAAUGGGAUUGUUGCAGGGCAAAUGAUUGGCUUGAAGGACCUGCUUUUACUGUACAAACUUGCCAGCUCUCUCACUGUGGGAGAAAAAAAAUGGUAAAUUAGCCUGUAAUGUUGGCAUGUAAAAAUUGUAUGCACACAACCCUUGUAUAACUUCUGUAAGGCUGGGGAAGAAUACCAAAGCUCAUAUGCCCUACAAUUGCCACAUUAACAUUUAUCUCCACUUUAGAAAUGAUACAGGCUUACUUUGAAUAAUUGUUUGCAAGAGCUUUUGCAAUUUUAUGUAAACACACUUUUCAGUGGAUACUAAAUUACCUGAAGUCACUGUCUGCAUAAAAUGCAUCCCUAGAUUACAAAAUGCAAUACACAGAUUUAUGUGUAAUUAUAUAUAAUACUAUAUUGCAUAGUACUGUUGUAUUGCAGAAGAUCUAUUUACCCAAAGCUCACAAAAUUGUAUAAUGAAACUUACACUCUAUCAUAGUGGAAGACUCCAGUAAGGUGGCCUUACAACAGAUGCAUUUAUUCAUGAAAAUUUAACAGUGGGCUUCGCAAGCUGAUAUAAAUCAUAGUUCAGCCUUUAGACUAGAAUAUUCCUUUAUAUCAAAAUGAAAGAAAAUUGCUUCUCAGAAAGUAGAAUUAAAUCUGCAGAAUUUCUGAGGACCUUGAACAGGGUGUUUUUGGCUGAUUAUCUAUACAGCAAUAUUAAUAAGAUGUAAUCUUUCAUUUGUAAAGCAAGUGUCAUAUUUUAUAUUUUAUUUAGCGUCCAACUGCAAAAGAAUUGCUGAAGCACAAAUUUAUUGUGAAGAAUGCAAAGAGGACAUCUUACCUAACAGAGCUGAUUGACAGGUUUAAGAGAUGGAAGGCAGAGGGACACAGUGACUCUGGAUCAGAUGAUUCUGAUUCGUAAGUAUACGAUGUUAACCAGCAUUUAACAGAUCUUUCACAAUGCCAAGUGAAAGGACCUCUGUGCGUUUUAACUAAAAUGUUUUUCUUUGUGCAGCGAGACCAACAAUAAAGAAAAUAACUUGCACCCAGAGUGGAACUUUACUACGGUUCGGAAGAAGCCAGAUGCAAAGAAAUUGCCGAAUGGAACAGUGUGUAUUUCUUGUUGUGCAGUUUAUUUAUGAAUGAUGACAAGCAGUGACUUUGAAAUGGUGUACUUUUUUUCUUUCUAUUCCAGAAAGCAGGGUGAUUUAUUAACCAUCCAUUUUCGUAUUCAAUUUAUGGCUCAUUUAGGGAUGGAGGUGAGGGUUAUUAACCCCUUAAGGACACAUGACAUGUGUGGCAUGUCAUGAUUCCCUUUUAUUCCAGAAGUUUGCUCCUUAAGGGGUUAAAACAGAGAUGGGUGAGGAGGGUCCUGACUGCUGAUCUGGAUGGCCGCUCCUAAGCUAUAUUGUUAAUUCUGCAUACUAUGAACAUUACCUAUCCACAAUUUUGUCUAAAGCCGAAGUGGCCACAUCAUUACAGCGUCUGCUACCUCCCAAUGAACAGACCUGUCCAAGUUUGUAGUUAUUUGCUGUAAGAUUGAAGUCUGCGUGAUUGCGGCCUAGUCCAACUGGUGUAACAAGUGGUAGGAGAAGAGCACUGUCCCCCAACCCCUUCCACCACUCUCCGCCAUUAGGCUGGUGGGGAUUAUCUCGGUCCCCACCAGAAAAGCCCUGUAUCGUGAAACAUCUCGACUUGGGCACACUGACGGUUUCUUGUAGUUUCUGACAAGAGGGCGACUUGCAGUGGUGGGAAGCAACAUUCAUUUUGGCAUUGCAACCAUUUGUUAUUGGUUUUGGCAACUUAGUCUCCAACUCUCAUCAACUGAGGUCAUGCCGAUGACGGGUGAUGCCCCAUCUCAUCACUCUCCCUGUGGCCAAGAACCUAGAUAGGUCCAAAACAUGAGCACAGUUCACAACCUAGGGUUGGGACUGGGACUCUCUUGGGACAGUGACCUGAUCAUUUUGAGUGGAAAGGUCUGUGAACAUUUAAUGUCUGAUCUCAUUACAUUCUGGACCUAGAGAAGUGGAACUACAGGGCCCUAGCAUGUUGGGCUACUAAAAUCUCAUUUCUGCAUCAAUGGCCUGUGAGAGGGUGUCGGUUGACUCUAAGUCUUUGCUAACCUGCAUCAGCCACCUUAUCACUGUCAUUAUUUCCUUAAGGUUUAUUACUUUUUAAAUCUUACGUUUAAGAGCUCUCCAGCUCAAGGAAUGCAUUAUACAAUGAUUAUCCUAUACACCUUGGACUACAGAGCAUAAAUCUGCUUGCUCUUGGUGACAAACACAAGCGUAUAGUUCUCUUCAGAGUUCGAGUUACAUAUAUUAUACUCCUAUACUUUCAGGUAUAUUUCCAGUAGCAAUACUUUUAGUCUGUUAUAUAAAAUGUGCAGCUAAUUAUACAUACAUGAUAGCCGGACAGAUAUGUUAGUCAUGUCUGACAUACUAUUCUGUUGUGUAUAUCUGCAUUUUCAUUUUUGACUAUUAUCCUGCAACUUUGUCAAUUUAUGCAAAUAUACCACUGCACAACAAAAUUAAAAUUACAAAAACAAGAGAUGAUGGAUGUGUACACUGCCAGCCUCCUCCUCACCAGCCCAUGACCUUUGAGACCGGACCAUAUUUAAUACUCCAUUCUUAGUUCUCCAUUUAUUUUCCAUUACUUUUUUAAUGGAAAUUCAAGUAACAUGGUUGGCUGGAUCCUUCCAGCUAAGUUCCAUAGACUGGAUAGGUGAUAAUGGAGGAGUAGAAAAUCAUUAUAACGUUUACUGUUCUGCUCGAAGUGUGUAGAUGUGGGAGCAGUUUUAAGAAAAAAAAAAUGUGGAAAAAAAAAUGGCACAAACAUUACACUUUAGAAAGAACAUUAAACAUAUGUUUCUGUAGGAUACCUCUGUGAAGUAACACAUUUUCUACAACUAAUUUUGUGAAACAUUUUAAGUGUUCUUAAGAGAUUUCUUUUCUUUAGGACCAAGAACUUGUGACAGCUUUGAGCUCUUUAUCUGUAAUUAUUGCACCCGUGUUCGCUGAGGUGAGUUUUUCUAAUCCUUCCAACACAUCCAUUUCACUUCAAAAAAGUGCAUAAUUAUAAAGUACACCAUUCAUUAUUGACCAUGGUAAUUUUUCAGCUUAAACAACAAGACCGGAAUAACUCCGUGAGAAAAAAUGCAAUUGAAGAACUUGAGAAGAGCAUGAAUAUUGCUGAGACCACUUAUCCAGGGAUAACUGACAAGAUGGUAAAGAAACUCAUGGAGAAAUUCCAAAAGUGAGUAUUCUUUACAUGGUGAAGAUUUGCCUAAUUAGAGUAAAUUCAAAGAUGGUGGUGUCAACAGAGCUUUCUUUGCAUUGAUUGGUAGGUUGUUUGGUGUUUUUCUUUGCUCAACAUUCAUAUAUACUUCUUACAUUUCAAUAUAUCUCCAUUAGUUCCUGUCUUGUGCAAAUGUUGAAAAUGUCGUGUCCAGUUUCAGUUCAGGGCAAAAUGCACAGGUUUGAUUGCCAUCUUUGAAUAUUGACCUAAGUCAUAGGUAACCAGUCAAAAGGGAAUUAGCACUAAGUGGUUAUUGUGUACCCAUGGGAGGUUGGCUUUGAUUUCAAAUGAUUGGGCCAAUUUGAUACCUCAGAUGCUUGGUUUGGAGGAUAAAUGCCAUAGUAAAUACCCUUUAACAUGACCCAUUUUCAUAAUAUUCUUCAGGAUUAGACAUAGAAUAACCCAAAAAUCCACUGAACAUUUUAGCUCUCAUGUAGCAAAAUGAAGCUCAUCCAGUGAAGAAAAACAGAGGGCUUCAGAUACAUUUGUGUUUAACCCCUUAAGGACACAUGAUAUGUGUGACAUGUCAUGAUUCUCUUUUAUUCCAGAAGUUUGGUCUUUAAGGGGUUAAAAGAGUGUUGUGUAGUUUGUGAAUUUAUUGUAUUCAAGAUAGCAGGUGUUAAUUUUCUUUCCUGUUAACAGGUUUUCCGUCAGUGACUCCUAAGUGUCUUCUGAUGACUAUGACAUCACUGUUAUCAGAAAAGGAGAGGGAUACCCACCAAAACUACUCCAAGCCUGGCCAUGCUUAGCUUUUUCAGCUCCUUGUGCCUUUUGGAUCUUUGCAAAAUACAACAUUGACCAUGAUCAACAUUUACGAAGCUCCAAUUUUCUUUUUCUUUUCUUUUUUUUUCUUUUUCUUUUUUUCCCCCUCAUUUCUUUUUCCUUUUUUUGUGAUAGUGUAAAUGGUUUUAUAUUUUCAGGAAAUAAUUUUGUAAAGACUGAUAACUUUUAUUACUGUUUUCAUCUUUUGUUUAAUCCUGUAAAUGUCGAUUUGCUGUUUUGCUCUUGGGUAACAGUUGCUGAGUUAGUGAGAUGUGCAAGUAACAUUAUGUUGUGAUUGUGUUGCACUGUACACUGAUGGAAUCUACUGGGUUUUUUUGUUUUUUUGUUUUCUUCAUGAAUUUUUUUUUGGGGGGGUAAACUUUAGCCAUUUCUUUAGAGUUGAAAUAAGUGGUGGGAUGUAGGGAGUGGACUAGAGCACUUCCACUUAGCAGGGGUAAAUUGUUGCUGCUGUACAGUAAAGCAUUUACUUGUGACACCUCUGACUCGUAUAGACCAUGAGCAGGCUCUCAUCUGUACUAAACUUUCAUCAUACUAGUUAAAUUGCCACAACAUUUAACUCAUUGUGUGCCAGAGAGGCCACAAAGUGACCUUUUUGGCCCACAAGCGUUCAGGUUCUAAUCUGCUUUCCUUUUCAAUUGACUAUGCCAAGUGGCACAAGAACACAUAUCACUACACUGCUCUCUCACUGUGCAUAUUUUUUGUUUUGUUUAAAGCAUCCAGGGUAUAUGGUAAGCAGCCACUCUGUCUUAAGUGUUUUUCUUUCCCCCCCCAUCAUUAAAGUGCUGGAAAUUUUCACACUGAAGUUUAGUAUGAUUUGAAAUGUGGUUGUUUAAAAAAGAAAAAAAGUGUAAAUUUGUUUGACACUUUUUUUUUUUUUUUAAAUACUGCCGCAUAAAAUCUGAAUCUAAUUGGCAUGUAGUAGCAAUAUUGCUUUCUAAUGUGCAGACAAAGUAUGGCAACUAGGUUCAAACACUAUGUUAUGCUGUCUCGCUAGCAAGGUCUCUCAAGCAGUGUGUUUUGCUUUCUUCAAGAAUAAUUAAAGCAAUAUAUAUUUUUUUUUAAUAUAUAUAUUUUUAUUUUGUCAUGGACAAACUAUUUGUCUAAUGUAAUUUAACUCUUGCUGCUGUCAGAGAAGCCUUUCUGUUCUUUGAGAGGAGAUGUGCUGUCAGGCCUACUGGUAAUGAGAGUCAAGCUGUUGGGGAAUACAAAUAAUGUAUAUUAAAAUGCAACAAUGAGUGGUCAAAUAUAAUGUGAAAAAGUAACCCCAGCAAGCAUACAGAGACAAUGGUUUGCACCAGCAUCCCCCAGUUCCACAUUACACAUGUAAUAUAUUCCAUUUAUCCCGCUCAUGCUUAAACAGCGCCAACACGUAUUUAUACUCCUGUGAAAGUGUAUUUUAAAUAUGUAUUUACCAUUUAAUAUUCAAGUAACUAAGUUAAAAUAGAUACUCUUUCACGCACACACAAAGGAAGAAAAAAAAAAUUCAACUUGAUGUUUGGCAGUAAAAAUCCUUUCAAAACAGCCGGCAGAACUGUAAAUAAGUAUUUGAUAUAUUUAUGGUACUGCUUAGUGGGAUGUUUUCUGUUUACUAAAAUUGUCCCAUGUAUAUAGAAUGCAAUAUUUUUAUUCGAGCAUGUGCUUCAUUUUUUUUUCUUUCUUUCUUUCUUUUUUUUUUUUUUUUGCAGUUGGUGUAAAAUAUGUGUGCACAUAUAUCUAACUAUAGAUAUACAUACACAGAUGGUUAUUUAAAAAGAGCUACUUUGGAGCAGACUUCUGAAAGUGGGGCAAUCAGCAGGAAAAUUCCACUGGUUGCCAUGGUGAGUGAUUGGUCCACUUUUAGAAUGCUUUAAAGGAACACAGAAUUGCUCCCCUGCUCUUUAUGAAUAACAUCCAUAAUAUUUUACCUGGAUGUGUUCAUUUUAUGAUUUGAGCCCUGAUGAUUUAUUUUAAUUUUGUGUAAUCGGUUGUUCAUGCCCUACAAGUGCCAGAGAUUUCGGCCCGACGUUUCUCACCUACGCUGCACGGCCAGUAUCUCACGCACAGAGGAGUUGAAAACCUAAGAAUAUCUGCCAAAUCUAUAAAAUGUAACCGUGCUUGACGCAUACUGCAUUUUGUCAAAUAGCCAUUACAGUGUUUUUUUUUUUUUUUUUACUUUUUAUUAAAGUAGCUAUUCAUGUUUAAGAGAAAAUUACCUCCAGUUUCUGAUGCAAAUGAGCAUGCUGUAGUGUCAAGGGAUAUAUACAUAGAAAAUUACCAAUUCCACUGACAGUCUGAAUCUUACAUUUGUUGUGACGAUCUGGUAGUGUUUUUUUUUUUUUUUAGAAUUAAAAAUUAAGCCAAAAAGUUGCUCUUGUAUAAAAGAAACAUUUCCAAUCCACUUGCAAAAUGUAUGUAAAUUUGCAAAACCGUCAAUGACCAAUCUGUUCAGCUGCCUGGUGGCAUCCAUUUUGUUUUACACUGUUUACUUCCUUAGCUAAAUUCUGCUAUGUAAGAAACAAUAGGGAGUGGUGUGCAGAGGCAAACAUUUCAUGCUGCCCCACUCGACUGAAGAUCACUUUAAAUACCCAUCAAGGUUUAGAAGAAAUUACGUGUAAUAAUCAAUAUUGAAAUGUGAUUUUUAAUCUUAAUAGUUACUGCUAAUUUAAUGAUGCCUCUAUGCCAUUUCCUAGAUUUUAGGCUUUCAGUCCAGGGGAUUUGAGUUCUUUCACUAGGCAUAGAUCUUAAUAGACAUCUUAGCCACGUGACAACCCGCUUUAAUAUCUGCCAUGGCAGAUAUGUAUGUUAUGGCCAACUAAAAAGCUUACAAAACAUCAGUGAAGUUGUACUUCACAAGCUGGGGGUCUGUGUGUUGGCCCAACCCCUGUGCUAGACUUGUCCACUUCACAAGCUGGGGGUCUGUGUGUUGGCCCAACCCCUGUGCUAGACUGAUCCAAAAAAGUUUUGUACAAUAUAUUUGUUCUGAAUUGCUAGUGACCCAAGAUCAGAGCAUAUACUAAGGGGACAUAUGUUUUUGAUUUUUCACAGAACUUGUUUUAAGUGAAGCUGCUUCUAUGUGCAAAACCAUGCUCCACAUUAAAGGGCUGUCAACAUUUGCCCUACUGUAUUUCAUAUUGCACUGCACCUCCCAUUAUCCUCUGCCAAACCAGAGGUGCUCAACGGGCACAAUUGCACAGCUCACUUUCAGUACUUAGGUUUUGUAAAACCGAAAAUAUUUUUUUCCUUUCACACUAAAGUGAAAUUGCUCUACUACGUUAACCCCCAAGUACGUCGUAUUUUUAACCAGACUAGGGUUGUUCAUAAACCUUUUUUUUUGUAGAAGUAGCACAUUGCUUAAAAUUGCAGCAUGCUUAUUUCUUCUAUGGGGUUAGUUUAACCAUAACAACAUAAAUUUCUGCUUUUCAUCAGAAGGACACUUGAAAUAUGUUGCUGGCAAAUGCCAAGGAAAGAGAAAUUCAGUGGUGCCUAUACAAUUGAGUUCACUUUUUAAUUUCUCUGUUUUUAAGGAACCAUUUUUUGUUUGCAUUUUCUGCUCGCUAACUGAAACUCACUUCAAAUUUAUAUCUUGAGAAAGUCUGAAAAUAGUUUUUGAAAAACAAUGUUAUGAAUAAAAAAAAAAUAUUUUUAUAAAUAUAUUAAGGAGUAAAAGUUGUAAAUACAGUUGAUCAGAAAGCUUUAUAAGAUAACUUCACAGAUAGAAAAAAAAAAAAUUAUAAAAAAACAGUGGUACCCAUAUAUCCUUCAUAGUUAUUACUUCUGUAAAUCUGUUAAUAGAGUAAGCUUAUUUCAGUAUGUCAGGGGAUUUUAAAUGGUUUAAGAAUAAAUAUUUAAAUUCUGUUAAAGACUUGAUUUGUAUACGUGGUGUUUUUUUUUUCUGCUUGUAGAAUUAAAGACAAAC